GAGCUGCGGAGCGGAAGUUGGGUCAGGUCUGUCAUGGCGGCGGUGGAGAAGUGUAAUCUCUGAACACCUCUGAAGUAAACAUUGGACGCAAACACCGCAAGCGAAAUUUAAAAAGAUUUUUAAAAUGCAAACUUCCAACAUGGGUUUUAAGUAACACUCUGACCUGCGUGUGACCAAGGAUCUAUCUGAAGAGAGAAGCGUGUGUCCUGACUCAUCCUCCGAGGUAAACAGCAGCAGCUCAUGUUGACGCUGCGCUGAAGCUCUGCUACUAAACUGCAAUCCACGAGACUACCUUCUGUGUUUUUACAAUCAAAACUCUGUUAAAUAUCUGCAAAUUUAGCCGAGGUUUGAUAUUUCAAGUGGACGCUUUAGUCCAGACAAAAUACUAUCCUUCAAAAUUACAGUACUGCUAGGUUAAAGCAGUGAACUUGGUUCACAGUGUGCUCCAAGUAAUCGUACUGUCACGAUUAAGUUUUGCUCUAGUCUCAUUUCUUUAACGUGUGAAGAGGUUUCUUUUAAAAGGAAACUCGGGUGCACAAUAACAGUAGGAAGAAGAAGAGAGCGUUAUUAAUAUGCUUGGUACAUGGUAGGGAAUAUGUUUUUAAUGCUAUAAGCUUCCUUGAGUGUAAUCAAGGGCGUGUGCAGGCUCACGCAGGGUGGCCUCAGCUGGGUGCAGAAACAUGCGGAGUGGCAUAAGAUGGGUGUAGAUGCAUGCACGGUGGUUUAAGAUGGGUGCAGACUCAUGCAGUGUGGCCUAAGCUGGGUGCAGACUGAUACAGAGUGGCUUAAGAUGGUUUCAAGACGUCAGUGUUGUAAUUGCAGCUACUCUUCACAGCAGAGUGGCUGCGUUCAAUUCUUCGAAGCUUGGUUCUUUAAAAGGUUGAAAAAACAAAACUAUUUUCUAAGGGGGCUCAGCCAAAGCUACAGACACACACAGGAACUACGACACAGUCUUUGAGCAUUAACAUUUUCUAUACAAUUCAAAGUACUAUAAAAUAAUGCCAAAUUUGUGCACACUGUCUAUCCAUCAAAAAUGGAUUCUGAAGUAUAGGUACACUUAAUAGACUGAUUCUUCUCUUACACAUACACAUGGAAAUUUCUGGUUAAAUUUGGUAAAUAUUCAAUUCAGUUUAAUUUUCUUUAUCUAUGUCACACAUUUAAUAGAAAUGAGGUCAACCAAUAAUGGUUUCUCAGGGCCAAUACCGAUACCGGUCAUUAGUUCACGAGACCAUUAACCAAUAUGUGGAGCUCAUAAGCAUGUACAGUAAUUAUACACUAGCAGUGCAGCUGUAUCACAGGUCAUAUGACAUCUAGUCAGUCAGUGUUGUGAAGAGGACAUUUGGUGAGAAAAAGAGGUGCAAGAAGACAGAGCCAGAAGGGGCAACAGCAGCUGUGCACUUAAUAAAUCAGUUUAUCAGAUACAGAUAGUCACCAAAAUGCUAGAUUUAUAACACAUUUUUAUAACAUACCCUGUAUUUCAUAAACACUGACCCUCAUUAACUAAAAAACACAACCCAGUUGAUCUUUCUUUCUUUCUUUCUUUCUUUCUUUCUUUCUUUCUUUCUUUCUUUCAGUUGAACUUUGAAGAAUAGCAGUGCCAGUCUGUCUGUAGGUCAAAUCUGUCUCUAUGUUACAUUGACAUCUUUGACUGCGGAUGACCCACAAACUUGUGAGAAUACCAGUUUGAUUACUUUAAGGCACUUUAACCACAAGUCCUAAGUCCAGCAGUAUGAGUGACUCCAACAAUAAGGUUGGUCUGGUCGUCUGAAGACAAGCAAAUGUCCAAUAUCUGCAUUUAGAGUUCGUCUGUAGUGUAUGCUUCUGUUUCUUCUCUGAGUUACUUGACCAAAUGUAAAAGAAUAUGACAGUAAAAAAAAAAAUCAAUGAUCAAUUCUGUAGAUUAGUAGGGUGAAAGUAUAUAUUGUAUUUGAACUGGUCUUCUAAAAAAUAGACAGUCUGCCAAAAUGAUAGGGUCUUCACGGCAGGUAUGAAUUUGUCACAUACACAUGAAAUCAGUCCCCAUUUAAAGUUACUGUAGGGAACUUUUUGGCUUGUUUUGUUCUGGUGAGUGUUGAUGUGGUGACUGGUUUCUUUUUUCAGUGGACAGUGUCUGCCAAUAAUCAGAGAAAACUGAUUGUGACCAACUUUUAAUGCCAAUAUCAUGUAUUUUUGUUGUUGAUUUUAUUUUCUUGCAUUUGAUCAAAUACUGCAGAAGUUUACUGUAUUAACUUAAGAAUUACAUUUUUCCAAAUAACGACAGAAUUAUUUCAGAAUUAUAAAUAAUUUCUUUGCUAAUAAACAUUUUUCUGAAUUAACAAGAUUAUUGUGUUGCUGAUUCAGAAAAACUGCAGAAAUUUUGUUUUAUUUGUUCUUGUAAUUCAGAGAAUGUUAUCCUUUUAAGAAAUCAGAGAAAAAGUCUUAAAAAAUCAUUCAGAUCAUAAGAUAAUUAUUUAAUUAAUUCAGAAAAACAGUUGUUUGUUUUCUGUCUUGCCCCUGUAAAUUGCAACAGUUUUAUAUUAUUAUUCCAUGCACACUACAAUUUGGCUUACCUAGCUACCUUAGCUGGUAACAUGAUUUAGAUGGAUCUUUAGUUCAUGAAAUAGAAAAACACUUAAGGUUAGUUUGUAGAUUGCAGAGCAUGACUAACAAGCUACACCAAACUGCAUGAUUUUAUCUGUCUUAAAGAAUUCAUAUUACACAUGUUGGUAACUUUUAGAUGAUUUAGGAUAGAAAACAUGUUAUCAUGGUGUCAUCGUGAUGUAGCUGCCUGCAGUGUCUGCAGACAUUAUUUGUCUUUGUUAACCAGCCCAACCAGCUGAUCAGUCUGUCUGUUCAGGUGACCUCUGAGGGCAAAGAUAAGCACCCUUUUCUCUUUGUUGGUCAUGUCCUGUACCUGUCUGACCUCCUUCACACCAGCACUCCUCUCGCACUCUCAAGUCCUCUUCCUCUCUAACCCACCCAUGUAACCACCAUGGGCUCCAGAGCCUUGAGUCGCUCUGCUCCCCGACUCUGGAACUCCCUCCCACCAGAUGUCCGUAAUUUUAAAUGUCUCUCCAUUUUCAAAUCCCCUCUAUAAAACCCAUCUUUUCAAACUAGCAUAUUCAGUCUGACUGUUGUUUUAACUGUCAGUUGUCUUAACAUUUUUUAUUGUAGACAAUUUAUUUUUUUGUCUUGCUUUAACUUUCUCUUCUAAGGCGACCUUGUGUAAUUUGAAAGGUGCCUAUAGAUAAAAUGCCUGAUGUUGCUACAUGCAUGAUAGUGGUGUUGCGGGGGAUAAGUUGGUCGUACAUCUUUACACGGUCAGCUGUGUCUCUCCUCAUGAAAAGUUGCUGUUGAAAAUGUAAAGUGGGGCUGUUUCUUCAGUGUACUGCUAGCAGGUAACCUUCCCCUCUCAGCAGUUUCAGGCAUUAAAGGGGACCUGCCAUAAAAAUAGAAUUUUUUGUGUUUUUUGUGUCAGAUAAGGUCCAUAUUAUGUUCGUCUUAUGUUGUAAAUGUGAAAACAAACCGUUACGUCGUUUGCAUUCUGUAAAGGUUCAAAAUAAAGGAACGGGUAAACCAGGCCAAUUUAAAAAGCCGGUCCCUCUGACGUCGCGCUGACGUUGCUCAUUAUUAUUCACGAGCACGUCCUCGGUGAGCCGCGCCCACUCUCUCGUUCUCGUACCCAGUCACAGUGAACGUCACCCUCCAGAGCGAGACCCAGCUACCACUGUAUCCGCUAUGGGGCUCUUCCAAACGACCAGUGUUUCCUUGGGUUUACUGCUGGGAAAAUGAACUUAAAGCUGGGCAGAAUGAAUGAGAAAACACCGCUGGAGCUCUCAGGCUUCUUCUUCAACUUCCACCUCCUCUUCGGACUCGGGGUCUAAAAUAUAUGGUUAAAUACCUGCCAUUUUUAGCCUUUAGCAUAAGGUGACCAGACGUCCCUGAUUUCCAGGGACAGUCCCCGUAUUGGAUGACCUGUCCCCGGCAAAAGCUGUCCCCGAAAAUGUCCCCGAUUUAAGUGUUUCAUGAAUGAGAGCAAAAAUGUUGCGUGUGGGCACGAAAAACGGUUAUUACAGUAGCCGAAUAGGUAGGAAGCACAAGUAAGCAGUCCUGAACAACAGUUUUUAAGGGGGUUAUUACAAGGGGCAUGCGCUGCUUCUAAAUAGUACCGAGACUUUGUCUGUGAUCACACAGCCCCUGCAGCCCCUGCACCCGCCGCCGCCGCACCGAAUAUUCCCGGAUAUCAUUACAGACAUCUUGGCACCUUACUUUAGCACACGUUAGCAUAAUGGAUAAACCGAAAUCCAAACCUGCACUGCUGAGCCAAUCAGAGCACAGCAGGCUUCACAGCAGCAAUCCAAUCAGAGCAAAGCUCAUUACCAUAAAUGUUAAUGAGCCAAAACCAGUUGGUUUUCCUGUAAGGUUUUUUAGGCAUACUAAAAUGGUUUGAAACAAACCAUCAAAUAACUUUUCAGCUAAAAUUAUGUUGCAAACAUGAUCAGAGGACAUUAAGGAUUAUGAAAAAAUGAUAAAAAUGGGUAUGAAAUUUUGGUGGCAGGUCCCCUUUAAAAUUUACAACAUAGAAGUUCUUGCCAACAGUCCUCAAGAGGCACUAGUAUUGAUUUCAGUCUAAAAACUACUCACAGGACCUUUAAAGAAAAUGUUGUUUUUACAACAUCUGUGUUAUUUGUGGAUGAGGACAAGAGCUGCAGUGAUUUAUUGAAGGAUUGGUCUUUAAAGUGUCUGAGAGUUAUCUGUUUUCACUCGACGUUAAGUCUUACACAAAAAAAAAAAAAAAUGAAUGCUUAAAGCUCCUUUCAGGAACUUCUUACCACUGUUGAUCUUGGCGCCCUCAAAGGACAAGGCAGUAUUUUCUAAUAUUGUCUUCUGCAUCCUUGAACUGUGUCUUCUGACCAUCAAAUGUGGAAUGUCUUUUAAAAAAAAAUUCUGGAAACUUGAAGACAGGGUCGUUUCUCUCGCCGCUCAGCUGAGAAUAUAAAAAUCAUCAGUAAUGUCACUGAUGGUGUAGUUUGCUCCUGUAUGUCAUGAAAAGGCUUUGCUUUAUGAAUUUCCAUCUGUUCCAUAGAUGAGCUUAACUGGUUUACUGUUGCCCUAUAAAGUUUUAAUUAUUUGAAACAAGUAUCUUAAAGUUGAAAAGUUGUCAUUUUGGUUCUUAAGCAUUGUAAAGACGAAUGAUUGAUCAGCUUUAGGUUAGUUGGAGCACCUGGGGGAAAAACAGGAUGUACAUUAUAUUUAAGCUUAUGUCUUCCCAAGGAAAGGAUCUUAUGUGGAAUCUGAUCAAGCAAAGUAAUCAAUCAUUUUGGUUUUUAAAGACUUGGAACCUUUUUGAUUUUAGGUCGAUGAAGUGUAUUGCAAAGAGAUGCAACAAUUGUUCUCCACAUCAGCAAACCACAUCUUUGUCAUGAGCCCCCUCUCCCUCCUGCAGCAGUGGAGGAAGUAUUCAGGUCUUUUAAUGAAGUAAAACUAUAGCAUCGCACAGUGACAGAUGCAGAGUAGACAAGAAAAUGCUCAAGUAAAUGUCCCUGGUUACUGUCCUGAUCACAUGAGCCUGUUUUCACAAAGUCAUGUGAUCAGGACACGGGUUUUUCUUUCUGAACCUCUUCCUCUUCUUCACUUAAGGUUCUUUGCCUCUGUUCUAUAAUCAGCAUUCAGCAACUUUUUUUUUCCCUGAAGGCAGAAAUCUAAUAUUGUGUGUCAUAAGUAAAGGCCCAACAGUUAAAACUUCUAUGAGGAGUUUGUAGGCGGCUAUGAAACAGUAUUACUUCUGAUGCCUCUAUAAAACCUUGAAACCUUAGGUAACUGACUACUACUAUCAACUCUAUGUUAUUUAUAGGGCUUAUGUCAUACACACAUGCAUGCAGGCUAAAAUGCAUUACAAAAAACAGACAAUGAGUGGAGGUGGAAGAAGUCAGCAACCAUUUUGAGCUGUAAAAGUAGAGGGUUUAGGUGCAUAAAAACAGAGCUAUCCAAGGGUAGCAGUGACCAAAGUGUUAACAUGUCCUUUAGACUGUUUUAGAAGACAGGAUCAUGAAAAUACAUGUAAAACCUUGCAUCAAUCAGUUUUGCAGAAUGAGUACUUCUUUUGCUAGCACUUCACUUUAGGCUCAGUUUUCAUUGUAAUAUUUCUGGUGUUAUUUCUCUGGGUACUUCUACAUAUUUGUGAAUAAUCAGGGUGAUUUUUUGAUGUUGUGACGCGGUCAGCAUCGUAUCAGCAUCAGCCCUCAUCAGGCUGAUAUCACUGUCAUCUUUCCAAAUGAAAAGCACAUUUGACAGCAUAUCACAUCCAAAACAAAAGCUGGCCAGAGUUUGAAAUAAACUCUGUUAUAAUGUGAAAGAUAUUGACGUUCAAUCAUUUAACUAUUUAUCGCUCAUAUUUUUUUUUUCUUACUAAUUUUAGAUCUCUGGGCAGAAAUCCUAAAGUCCCUUAUUUUUCUAUAUUUAAUAAAACACUAUUAGAUUUUGUUUUUUGUCUUUGUUCCUGGAUAUUAUUAGAAUUCUUUUAUUCCAAAAUAACAAUGUAAUAUUGACAUUAUAUAUCAACCAUUGGCCAACCUGCUCUUGCUUCAUCAGUACUGGCAUCAUUGAAAAAGUGAUAUCAGUGGACUGGUCUUUGCAGGGAGGAUGGCAGUGACAGAUCCUUUUCACUGGAGACCAGUGAAUGAUCCAAUGGUUUAAUCAUUGGGCACCCAACUUCUGAAAUGUUAUUCACAGCCAAGUUUUCUUGAAGGAAAGGGAGAUGACUAGAUAACUAAAGUAAAGUAAGAAAAGUUAUUUCAGACCCAGAUUAGGGUGAUAAAAGCUUUGAGAUGGUAUGGUGAACCAGAGAAAGUGUUGAGUGUUUUCAGAGCAAUCCAAAGCAGCAGAAGUUAACAUGAAACAGGAUUUUCCUGCUGAGCUGCUGCUAUCAACACCCACUCAGAAGGCUUUUUGUGUUUUUGCUCCAGCCAAACAGCUCUUUUCAUUGUUGCAGUUGUAUUUUAUUGUUGUAUUUUAAUGGUCUGUCUCCAGUACCCCCCCUCCAGUGUCAGCCAUGUCUCUGGGAGAGCCCACGUCCGACUCGACGCCGUUCUUCUCUGAUGACAGCGAGGCAGAGGGUCAAGAGGAGCGAGGCGGUGGUGGGGGAGCCGAGGGUCAGCGGACGCACGGGGAGUCAGCCAGCGGGGUGUCCAAAGCCCGAGCUGUGUUGACUGUUCUCAUCCUCUGCUAUAUCAACCUGCUCAACUACAUGGACAGGUUCACUGUGGCAGGUAUGGCACACCUGCUGCACCAGCACCGCCAAUCAGACGCUUUCAAACAUCAAGGGAAAUUCUAUGGGGGGGGGGGGGUCAUGCAUUUAAAUGUCUCGACAUGAUUUUCAGAUCAUAAAAAGCCUCAAAUUUCUCACAGUGGUAUAUUAAAAUAUCUGGCCUCAUUUUAGCUGCUGUCUCUUGAAGGUCCCCUCUCCACAAGCCCACUUUCUUGGUCACCUCUCCAAUAAGAGGCUUUCCUGAAGCAGGCUGAAGGCAGAGUUCAAUGUUUUGGCCCCGCUCCCUCUAUUGUGGUUGAUCAGUUGAGCAGUGGAGCAGCAUUACCCCCAUAGAAAUCAUGCAUGUUUUAUUUAUUUAUAUGUAUACAGUGAAUCCGGAAAGUAUUCAUACCACUUCACUUUUUCCACAUUUUGCUAUGUUACAACUAAGGCUGCACAAUAUUGGAAAAAACUAACAUUGCGAUUUUUUUCAACCCUGCGAUAUAUAUUGCGAUAUUAAAAAAUACAGGAAUUUUCACCAGAUGACCUGAAUAGCACUUUAUGUUAUGCUGCACUGCUGAAAUCUUGAGGACAGUUAACAUGCACUGAUCUUAUCUCUUUUUGUGAAUGUUAGUAGAAUGGCUUCUGUCUGUCUUAGAGAUAUUUUUAGUUUUUAUUGUUCUGGGACGUUAUUGUGGAAACAAAUGAACACAGAACACGUGUUUUGGUUGACAUCAUCCUUCUUUUAACCGAAAUAAUUCCAGAAAACUGACUUUCCUUUUCUUUUUGGCAUCAAGUCUUCAUCUUCUGUGAUUUUCUCUGUUUGUUGCUCAGUUUGCGAUCGUUGUUUUUGUUGUUGUUACCACUGGGGUUGUGCUGAGAAACGCAUAUCCUCCGAGAAUCGCAUGCAACUCACAAAACGCGCACUGCUUAUAGUAGAGUGGUCCACGGAAAUGUACAAUUUAAAACUCAUACAGUUCUUAUUUGUUGGGCUAAACCAGGGGUCGGCAACCUUUAACACCGAAAGAGCCAUUUGAUCCGGUUUCCACGGAAAAGAAAACACUGGGAGCCGCAAAUACUUUUUGACAUCUAAAAUGAAUGAACGCAUUUAUUAAACGAACAUGAACACAUUUUGAACAUUUUGAAUUCUUGAAAAAAUAAUACAAUGUCUGAAUGUCUCUUUCAAAUAAAUUAAAAAGCUGAACUUAAAUUAUCCAUGUAGCAAACAAAACCAAAAAAAAUGCCGUGAGCCGUCAUCCUUAUAUCGCCUUUGGGCUUUCAGAGCAUGUAGCGGAGCCUUGACCUGAAUUUAAAAAAUAAAUUGGGGAAAAAAGCACUGUGUCACUAAACAAUGAGAAAUAAAUAUUUGCAAACUAUCUGCAUAAAUAUUUAUUUAACCUGGUUAAUGGGACUUCUGCUCCUGAACCUCUGCGCACAGAGUCUGCAAAUCGGGGCUGUACGAAGUCACUCUCAUCUUUACGCAAGACUGUAAGCUGUCAUCUGUGAGGCGUGAGCGGUGUUUGUUUUUAAUGUAGUUCAUGGUGGAGAAUAGCUGCUCACAUACAUAUGUGGAUCCGAAGAUCGACAGGACUCCAAAGGCAUAUGUCUUCAUGUUCAUGUAGGUGUCGGGGAUGGCAUUCCAUGUUUCAAACACGAGUUUGUCCGGUCUUGGAAGGUUCUCAAUAUCACUCCAUUUGUGAAGCUGAGCAAGAGUGGCCUUCUGGCGGGCAACAUCUUCAAGGUCCUCUGUCAAGCGUUUGAAUUUGGACACCCACAUGUCUUUGUCGGCUAUGUCAGCCAGCUCCAGCUCCAGAUCAGGUUGACUUACACCUGCAAAUGCAGUUACAUUUAGCAGGGAUGGAUCGAUGUUCAGGGGAGUGACGGGGAAGGACAAUGUGGUUUUUUCCUCUCUGAACUCACGGAAUCGUUUCCCAAACGAUGCUUGCAUUGUGGUGAUUGCAGAAUGCAAAUACUCUGAAUUGAUCACCUUGUGAGCUUGUUUGAACUCCCUUAAAGAGGGGAAGUGAGACAGUGUGCCUCUCUGUAAAUCUCUGGCUAAAACUGUCAGUUUGCGCUCAAACGCUAACACCUCCUCCAGCAUGUGUAGCGCUGUGCCUCCUCUCCCCUGAAGAGUUGUGUUCAGCCUGUUCAGGUUCGCUGUCAUGUCCACCAUGAAGUGCAGCUUUUCCAGCCACUCUGGCUGUUCCAGCUCAGGAAAGGUUAGCCCUUUGCUGCUCAUGAAAGUUUUCACCUCUCCCAGACAUGCAGCAAAACGUUUCAGCACCUCUCCUCUGGACAGCCACCGGACUCUGUUGUGCAGCAGGAGAUCAGAGUAUGUGCUGUCCACCUCAUCCAGUAACGAACGGAACUGGCGGUGAUUUAAACCUUUUGCCAUUAUUUUAUUUACAAUCUGAAUGACAAGAUUCAUGACCUCUGUGCAUUCUGAAGGAAAAGUUUGCGCGCACAAUGCCUCUUGGUGCAGGAUGCAGUGAAAAGUGAGCAGCUUUCUGUCCAGUGACUUCUGCAGCAAAGCCACAAAGCCCCUGUGCUCUCCAGUCAUAUUCGGUGCCCCAUCAGUAGCCACUGACACUAGGUGGGUUGUUUUUAUUUCUUUGGCUCGUAAACAAUCAAGCACAGCCUCACAGAUGUCCUCCCCCCGUGUCUGGCCUUUUAGUGGUAUCAGCUCAACCAUUUCUUCCUGUGGUCCAGCAGAGUUCACAUAUCGGCAGAACAGCGCUAUUUGUUCAAUGUCACUUUUGUCUUUGGACUCAUCACAGGCGAUUGAGUACGCUGCAGCUGAAUUGAUGUCUUUAAUUUGCUGUAUUGUGAUAUUUUGUGCCAUUUUUAUGGUUCUGUCUUUGACAGUCUUCGCAGAGAGAGGCAUCUCUCUGAUUUUCUGCACAAUUUCAUCCUUGUUUUUAAAGUCCGCGAAUAGGUGUUCUGAAAUCUUAAGGAAUGAUUGUUUCAUAUAAUCUCCAUCUGUGAAAGGUUUCCCAUACCUGACUAUUUCCUGAGCGGCCACAAAACUUGCAUAUGUAGUUGAAUUUGCAGACUUCACCCACUUCUUGAAGUGAUUUUUCGUCAGAUCAGCCUUCCGCAUCAGUCCCGAAACAGCUUUUUUUCUCUCUUCUCCCUCUGGAUAUUUUUCAGCAAAGGCUCUAUGUGUAUUGUUGAAAUGUCUUGCGACAUUUGACCGUUUAUUGUUAGACAGCUUUUCUCCACAAAUUAGGCAUACUGGUAGGCCACUCUCAUCAGAGGUAAAUGCAAAUGAAUCUGCCCAGGCAUCAAUGAAUGUUCUAUUUUCUUCAGAUAUUUUUCUUUUCUUACAUUUCUCCAUACUUGGCCUUGCUGGGGUUGAAAGUCGCGACAAAUGGACGGCAUACCGGCUUUCGCGAGUAUGACGUUUAUUUUGAGCGACGAAAAACAAUAAAAUAUAUUUAUUCUAAUAUGUCAAGAUCACAAUAAUCUUCCAAUCUAGAACUAAAAUAUUCAAGAACUAAUACAAAUAAAAUACACUUCAAUUAGAUACUUAGUUUUUUUUUUUUUAGUAAUUUAUUUUCCCAAGCCACUCAGAGCCGCAGUAUAAGGACGAAAGAGCCGCAUGCGGCUCCGGAGCCGCGGGUUGCCGACCCCUGGGCUAAACAGUGAUGAAGAAUGUUCCGAAAGUAAUUCUCAGCGGACACGCGUUUCUCGGCUCAACUCCGGUAGCGCCAGCGACUCACUCCAUGUGCAGGGGUGGGUUUCCUCCUCUCUGAUUUUGAUUGACAGCUGGCAGGGUAGUCUGAUUGGCAACUGAGUAAAGAACGAAGGUGAUUGGUGGAUCGCUGUACAGCACAUGCAGAGUCACAUGCAGUAUAUCUCAGUCAGUUACCCAUGAAAUUAACUGAGUUCAUUCGCCUCCAACAUCGCAGGCUCUGCGAUGUGACUAUCGCACACACGUACAUCGCGAUGACGAUGCAAAACGAUAUAUCGUGCAGGCCUAGUUACAGCCUUAUUCCAAAAUGGAUUAAAUUCCUUUUUUCCCUCAAAAAUUCUACACAAAAUACCGCAUAAGUACAAAGCGUAAAACUUUUUUUAGAACAUUUUGCAAAUUUAUUAAAAAUAAGACACUCAAAUGUUGCAUAUACAUAAGAUAAAGAUACUAGAUAAAAUUAUAAGAUACUGAUAAAUAGCUUAAAUACCAUUUAAAAAAUAAAUAAAUAAAAAAUAAGUAAAUAAAUAAAAUAAACAUAAUAUGUAAAAUGAGGACUAAAAUAUAUAAAUGAACUAAAAUAAGCUAAAAAUAGGAUAAAAAUAUAGAUUAAAAAUAAGACAUUAGUUAAAAGCCAAAUUAAAUAGGAGAGUCUUGAGCCUGCUCUUAAAAAUAUGAACAUUCUCUUCGGCCCUAAGGUCCUCCGGCAGGCUAUUCCAAAGACGGGGGCCAUAGUGCUGGAAAGAUGCCUCACCGUAAGUUUGUGUUCUCACUUUGGGGACUAUUAAAAGGCCAGUGCCAGAGGAUCUCAGGGUCCGCGAGGGUUCAUAUUGUAAAAGCAAUUCUGAAAGAUAAGAAGGUCCAAGACCCCUAAGACAUUUAAAAACCAUUAAAAGGACCGUAAAAUCAAUCCUAUAGCACAGAGGGAGCCAAUGCUGUGAUUUUAAAACCGGUGUAAUGUGUGCCCGCCUUCUGGUCUUUGUCAGCACACGUGCUGCUGAGUUUUGCUACAGUUGUAAACUCGCAAUGUUUCUUUUUGGAAGACCAGAAAGCAGGGCGUUACAAUAGUCAAGAUGACUGGAGAUAAAAGCAUGCAUUAGCGUUUCUGUUUUAGCCCGGGAGAGAAAGGGGCGGACUCUGGGUAUAUUCUUUAAAUGAUAAAACCCUGUUUUUGUUAUAUUUUUAAAUUGUGGAAUAAAAGUCAGCUCAGAGUCAAAGAUGACGCCCAGAUUCUUUACCUGAUUUGAUGGAAUUAAAGACAGGGUUUUCAGUUUUGUUAGUUUCUCUCCCUGAGCCUUAGGAUCGAUAAUUAAAACCUCAGUUUUGUCCUGGUUGAGCUGUAGGAAGUUUUCUGCCAUCCAGGAUUUAAUGUCUCGGACACAGCUAAAAAGGGCAUCAAUUGGCCCUGUGUCAUCAGGAGACAUGGAUAUGUAGAGCUGUGCGUCAUCAGCAUAGCUGUGAAAAGUGUUACCAUGCCUCCUGAUGACAUUGCCCAGUGAGAGCAUUUAUAAAUUAAAAAGUAUGGGGCCUAAAAUUGAGCAUUGGGGCACACCACAUUUAAUGCUAUGAAUGCUUGACGAGCAUGUGUCCAAACUUACAAGAAACUUUCGAUCUGUGAGAUAGGAGUUAAACCAUUUAAAGGCAGUACCAGAGAGGCCUACAAGGUGCCUUAGUCUAUUUAAAAGAAUUGUGUGAUCUACUGUAUCAAAAGCAGCGCUUAGAUCCAGUAGCACAAGGACUGUAAGCUUGUGUGAGUCCAAGUUGCACCUAAGAUCAUUAACAGUUUUCAGUAGUGCAGUCUCGGUACUGUGGUUCGUCCUAAAUCCAGAUUGAAAUUUCUUAAGGAUGGAAUGGUUAUUUAAAAAAUCAUUCAACUGAAUAAAAACAAGUUUUUUCUAAAAUUUAGCUUAAAAAUGGUAAGUUGGACAUUGGUCUGUAUAGUGAAGUCCCUAAGCCCCAAAAAUAAGCUGUAAAACAUUUGUUAAACAAUUUGUUAAAAUUAGGGCCAUGAAGCAUUUGAAGGAACUUUGCUUCAGUAUAGGUUUCACAAACAAGGAGAUACUUCAUCCUUUGGUACAUCAGCAUCACAUUGUCAUAAGUAUAAAGACUUAAAAAAAGAAUAUAUGAGAAAUACGUCUUUUCCACGGGGAAAAAAACUGGUGUACUUGAAGGAAAUCGCUGCUUUUGUGGAGGCAGAAAUGAAUAUGCUGAGGAUAUAUCCGUUUAUGCAGCCGUAAAUAUCCGUGAAUGACAUUGAGCUUUAAUUUAUGAUAUGAAUCCAUUUGCCAUAAUAAGGUGUUGGUGUCUCUGCAGGUGUAGGCUACCGCCGGUGUCAGAGACGUGGUGCUCGUCGGAGCUCGACUCCCUCUGGAUCACAAAUGUUGAUCAUCAUCAGUUUGAUUGUUUCUUCAGAAACCACAAAAUCUCUCUGAAUGACCCGCUGAUACAUCCACAGAUAACCCUGCAGAUGACCAGCUUCAGUCAUUUCCCCCUCCACAAAAGCAGCUUUAUGACUUUUUUUUUUUUUUUUUUUUUUUAAACUUUAUUUUUGUCUUUUAAGGCAAACUUACAAACAUACACGCAAAUACUGUACAAAACAAAACAAAACAAGAACGAGAACAAGGGGGGCAAACACUACUCAGUUACAUACAGGUGCCAUUUAGUCCAUCUUACAGCAUAUAGCUCAGCUUUAAUUCGUAGUCUGUAAGUCAUUUGUUCCAUUGAUCGGAUUUCCUCUACAAUGGUCAGCCAGUCACUCAGUUCAGGUGGAUCAGUUCUUAGCCAAGUUCUUGUGAUGGCUUUCUUAGCUGCAAGAGAUAGGAUCUUGAACAGGUAUAUGUCCUCUUUACCCAUUACAUCUUCUAAUAUCAGUCCAAGAUAAAUAAACCGGGGAUCUUUGGGUAAAUUAUAUCCAAAAACUUUACCCAUGACUCUCAGGACCUCAUCCCAAAAUGUCUGUAUUUUCGUACAUGACCAAAAUAUAUGAGAGUGGUUGGCAUUCAGUUGCCCACAUUGUCUCCAACAAUGCUGUUGUUGACCUAAUUGUUUAUUUUUGAUUUUUGGUGUAAUAAAUAGACGUGUCAAAUUUUUCCAACCGAACUCCCUCCAUGUUUUAGAACUUGUUGAUGUAUGUUGGGUCUUGAGCAUGGUCUGCCAAUCACUCUCAGAUAAUUCAAUGCCGAGUUCUUUUUCCCAUUUCUCUUUUAUAUACAUUGUGUUUCUUCCCUGUUGCUUCAACAAACCUUUGUAUAGCUUUGAGACAAUUCUUAAGGGGGUUUGCUUGAACGCGCCUGUUAAUAUUUCGAUCACAUCAUUCCCCUCCACAGAAAUUUCCCUCUUAACUUCUGUCUCAUAAAAGUGUCUUAAUUGGAAAUAUCUAUAUAGAUCUUCAUUUUCUAAUCCAAACUCAUUUUUCAGCGAUGUAAAUGAUUUGAAAUGUUGCUUAUCUAUAAGUGUACAUGUGGCUGUUAUUCCUUUGUCUCUCCACUUUUCAAAGGUCUUAUCUAACAUUCCUGGUCUGAAUCUAGAGGUGCAAGAGGGCCAAAUCAACAGUUCAAUCUCCUGUUAAUUUAUAUUUUUUCACCACCUCAUACCAUAUUUCUAAUGUUCCUCUCACGACCAAGUUUUCUCCCUUAAGGUCUCUGUAUUCUUUCCCACUUAACCUUGACUGUGGAGGGGCUUGGCCUUGGCUCAUCUCAAUGUCCUUCCAUCGGGCUUGAUAAUUCGGAGAGCACCAAUACACAACAUAUCUUAACUGUGCUGCAUAAUAAUACCCUCUUAAGUCUGGCAGUGCCAAUCCUCCAUUUUCUUUGUCUAGCUGAAGGGUCUUGAGUCUUAUCCUCGGUCUGGCUCCAGCCCAAAUGAAUCUGGAUAUUAGCUUAUCCCAUGCUGAGAAUUGUGUGUCUGGUAUUCGAACUGGGAGCGACAGAAAAAGAUACAACAACCUAGGCAGGAGGUUAAUCUUGACCACCUCAAUUCUUGAACUGAAGUCCAUUAUUAGUGUUGACCACUUUGCUACAUCUCUUUGAAUUUUAUUGUUUAUUAACUUGUAGUUUGUCUCAUAAGUUCUGUCAAGUUCCUGAGUUAUUAUCACUCCUAGGUAUUUAAUUGACCUAGCAUUCCAAUUUAAUUUAUAUUUCUUCCUGAUUUUUUUAUUUGGCUUAUAGUUAAAAGUUAAAACCUGAGUUUUAGACAUAUUUAGUUUGUAGCCUGACAUUGAUCCAUAUUCUUCUGUUAUUUUUACUAGUUUGGUAAAUGUUGAAUUUGGGUUUUGGAGGUAGGUGAUUAUAUCAUCAGCAGAUAACCCUAUUUUAUGCUCAUCUCUUGCUAUCAUGAUUCCUGUCAACUCAUCUUCCUGUCUAAUUGCUUGGGCGAGUGGCUCUAUGAAGAUUGCGAAAAGGGCGGGGCUAGCACAACAACCUUGUCGUGUCCCUCUGUGCAGCUUAAAGGUGUCUGUCAGGUGUCCAUUAAUUUUGACUGUAGCUGAUGGGUCAGUAUACAAUGCCUUAAUGCAUUUAAUGAAUUUAUCAUUAAAUCCCAAUUUCUCUAAUACUUUAUAUAAAAAAUCCCAGCUGACCCUGUCAAACGCUUUUUCGGCGUCUAAGCUGAUCAGGGCAGCACAUGUAUGAUGUUUGUUAACGUGAUCUAUAAUAUGGAGGGUGCGCCUGAUAUUGUCCUGUGUUUGGCGUCCCUUAACAAAGCCUGUUUGAUCUUCAUGUAUCAGGUCAGGCAGAAAACAUUCCAGUCUUUUAGUAAUUAUGGAUGUGAACAAUUUGUAAUCGACAUUCAAAAUCGAUAUUGGGCGGUAUGACUCACAGUAUUCCUUGUUUUUCCCCUCUUUGGGAAUGACAGAUAUCACAGCAUCCUUCCAGGACGGUGGUGCUAUAGCUUUCUCAAGUGUCCAAUUGAAUGAUUCCAGUAAUAUCGGAGCUAGGACUUCUUUGAAUUUUUUGUACCAUUCAUUUGGAUAUCCGUCGCUCCCAGGACUCUUAUUAGACGCCAGUCUACCUAUGGCUUUAUCCAAUUCGUCUUUAGAGAUAGGGGCGGUCAGAUAUCCAUUUUGUUCUGAGCCUAUUGAGGGGAGAUCAAGUGAAGACAGGAAUUGUUUUAUUUUCUCUUCGUCAGCCUUCUCAGGCUGUGAAUAUAAAGUUUCAUAGUAGUUUUUAAACAUUCUGUGAAUUUCUUCUGGGUCGUAUUUUAGUGUAUUUGAUAAAGGGUCCCUUAUCUUAUGGACUGAGUUUGUUAUUUGUUGUGUCCGAAGACGCCUCGCCAGUAUUCUGGUGGCCUUUGGGCCUGAUUCAUAGAAGGUUUGCUUCAUGAAUCUCAUUUUAUUUUCUGUUUCAUCUUUAAUUAAGUUUUCUAUCUGUUUCCUUAUAGCUUUAAUCUGGUCUCCUAUUGUAUCUUUCUUUUCAUUUUUAGGAAGUUGUUUUUCUAGUUUUUCUAAUUCCUUUUCUAGUUGAUCAUAUUUUGAUCUCUGCAUUUUCCUUAGAUAGGCCGUUCUUGAUAUGAGCUUCCCUCUCAUAACUGCUUUGACCGUGUCCCAAACAAUAGUCGGGUCGACAUGGUCAUCCUUAUUAUCAUCUAUACAUUCUCCUAUUUCUUUUUGGAUUUCUUCCACUGUUGAUUUAUUGUUUAAAAGUCCUACAUUCAAUCUCCAUAGCGUAUUUCUUGGUUUACUGUUUAGGUGUAUAUCGAGGUAAACAAUACUAUGAUCGGAUAUAUCUGCUGUUCCAAUUUUGCACUCAUUUAUCUUAUGUCUAUCUAUAGUAUUUAUCAGAAAAAAGUCCAGCCGAGAGUGUACUUUGUGUGUAGCUGAGUAAUGGGUAUAUUCCCUUUCUCUAGCAUGGAUAUUUCUCCAUACAUCAAUCAAGCCUGUCUCUCUUAUCAGAGUAUUUAGGUAUUUUGAUUUGGGGGAUCCCUGUCUGCUCGUGCUUGUUGUGUCAAGCUGAUAGUUCAAAAUAGUGUUCCAAUCUCCCGAACAAACAAGUACCCCCUCACUCUCACGUACAAUUAGGUCAAAUAAGUUUUUAAAGAACGAUAUAUUACUCUCUGGAGGAGCGUAGACAUUCACAAAUGUGACCAAAACAUUAUCCAUCUUGCCUUUGACUAAUAUAUAUCUACCUUCAUCAUCCCUUUUUGUUUUAAUCGGCUCAAAAUGUAAUGAAUUAGAUAUCAUUAUCACGACCCCUCUCUUUCUGCUAUUUUUACAUGAACUAUAAUAUGUAUUAGAGUAUCCAAAAUUGCUUAGUUUCUUGUGUUCUGAAUUGGUCAUAUGUGUCUCUUGUAAAAAUAUUACUUGGGACUUAUCUUUCCUCAUUUUUGCCAGCACCCUGCUCCUCUUGACCGGAUUACUCAAGCUGUUAACAUUCAGUGAAGCUAUUUUCAAUUUAUGUGGCAUUAUCACUCAAAUAUAAGAAGAAAUGAAUGGCUUUGUAAUAGUGUUGUCCCCCAGACAACCCAGAAAAACAAAAAAAAACAAAGACAGAACAAUGUCGACUGAACAUAGUAGAAAAACAGACCUCCAAACUGGGAGGAGGUGACUCCUCACCGAGACCCCGUUGGUGGGUCGAGGGAAAAUCCCAUCCCUAAGAUAGGGCCCUAUACAUAGGAUGGCUUGGCCAUCUAAAGGAGAAAACCCUACCAUCCUAAAGUCCAACGUCGAUCAUUAAAUUUAAGGUCGUCACUCCCAGACGUUUAUUUAACAAUAUCCUAUAGCCUUGAGAAAGAAGCCUUAUAUUUGUCCAGUUCAGCUCUUAUAUUUCAGUUUUAAAGUGGCAGCAGUUUUACCAGUCUGUGAUGGUUACUACUUCUUUAUUUUACCUCCCUUGCGCUGGGGUUCGUCUCUCUGAGCAGUGUUAUCACUCUGGAAACUCUGAAGUUUAUACCGCGCUCUCCGGGUCACGUCGUCCUCUGCCCCGCGGGGUCCCGUUACUCUCUGCCACGACCCCAGCAGCUCUCCCAGGCGCGCUCCCCAGUCGGUCUCCCCGUUGGUCGGCGUCGCCUCCUCCACGGUGAUCCCGCGUCUCCUCAGCUCCUCUCUCGCCUCCUCCGCGCUGCCGUACAGCCGGGCUCCCGUCUCCCAGUGGAUGCGCAUGUUGACAUAAGGUGUUUGGAAACGCACUCCUUUCACUUUCAGUGCCUUUUUAAUCCCGUUAUAUUCUCUGCGUUUCUUCACCACCUCUGCAGUGUAAUCGUGAUCAAAGUAGAGGGGCUUGUUAUUCAGCUGGAUCUUUUCCGUUCUGUUUUUCCCCCAGGCUUCCUUUAACACCCAUUCUUUGGUCGUAAACUCCUGGAAAUUGACGAUAAAUGCCCUCGGGGGUUUGUCUGGAGCUGGCCUCUGAGCCCCGGUUCGAUGUGCGUGCUGGAUCUUUAGCUCCAUGUCGGCCGGGAUCGGUAGUUUGCUCCGGAGUAGCGCCUCGACAAACUCCUGCGCCGAGUUUCCCCCCUCUUCUCCUUCUGCCACUCCGAUGAUGCGGAGGUUAUUGCGUCUCGAUCGUGAUUCUAAAUCGUUUAGUUUAUGCUGCAGGACUUUUUGCUGUUUCAGGCAGGAGGUCAAGGCCUCAGUUGAUUCAGCCGCCCAUCUCUCCACCGUCUCCACCCGCGACUCUGCCUCCUCCACUCGGUCCGAUAGGUUACGGACUUCUGCCCCCAGCAUAUCCAGUUUACCGUUGAUUUCUUGUCCAAGAUGUGUGAUUUCUUGUCGCAGAGUGUUGUUGUCGCCUUUUAGAUCCGUUUUUAGAUCGUUGAUUGCCUUAAUUAUGUCCGCAGGCGCCAUGUUGUCCUGGUCCACUUUACCGCUGCUGUCUCUGGCUGUCGUCGUGUUUUUCUGUUUUGGAGGCUCUUUUUCGUCGUUUUUUUGGUUUCGGCGUGUCGUUCCCCAAUCCAUCUAAGUUUUUUAUCAAACAAUAUUGAAUUUUAAAUUACUCUUGGGUAUAAAUUGCGGUUUGUCUGGGAGAGCGAUCUCGCGUGCGUGUGACUACUCCAUGAGCCAACCCGGAAGCCGCAGCUUUAUGACUUUAUAUACUUUAUGAUUUUAUUCUCCUAAAUUUACAACUUUAAUCUCUAAAUCUUAAAAAAAAAAAAAACAAACUCAAUGUUGUCCUGAUACUCUGCUGUAGUUGUGUCAGCUUUCUUAUUUCUAAUGUUUUUGAUAGUUGAAGCAGAGCGGAUCAGUUGUCUCUAAAUCUAUAAUGUUUGGAUUGCAGAUUUUAGUGAGUUCAGAGAUCAUGCUCUCAUACAGCCUGAGCUGACUGUCUGCUGUUUUUGGAUUUCUUGUAUUUUUUUUGAAGACGCGCUGUGUCUCCAAGCGAGUCCAGCCUCUCACCUGAAAUGCACAGCUGUGCAGCGGCACGCAAAGCAUUCUGGGAUACCGACGGCACGAAAGCGUGCAUAAAUGCACGCUUGAAAACAUGCUAAGCGCGCUUAGCAUUUCUUAGCAUCUCGUGCCAAAUGGGACACCGUUCGCGCCGUCAUGACGUCAUGCACGCUUCAAAUGCACCGUUCGACGGUGCAGAAGCGCACUUAGCCCGAUGCGGUCUCUGAAAUGAGACACAGCCAUAGUCUUCUCAUUACCCUCACAAUGGGGGUAAAAUAUGCACAUUUAAUGAACAAAAUAAGUGUCAAAAAGGUGACUUUAAAAAUGUCCCCCUAAAAAAGAAAAAGAAAAAAAGACAUAAGCUCCUCUCCUUGCCUUUAAAUCCGCCACCGGCGAGGCGUAGUACAAUUUUAGUCAGAGAGAUCAAGAGAUGUCUGAAGACAAUUAUGCCACACGAUGGUGACAGAAGGCAGCUCCUCAACAAGUGUCACUGUAAGCGCUGCAUUGGGCGUCCUCCACACUCUCUCAUCUGAGCACAGAUGGAUUUGGUGUGUGUAAUGUUGGACCCACUGGCAAGACAAACACCCUUUUCCACAAAUAAAGACACUCACAUAAAGUUGCAUAUAUUCAAACCUCACGUGACAAAGGUGGGUUGAGCGCACAGAUCACAACAUUAACUCCAAAAAUGGCAUUAAAAUCGGAACCAUCUGUGCGUAAAUGACGCAUCGCGCUCCAUGGCCUGGCUCUUUCUUUCAUAGAUGUUGGCAUAUAAAAUAAAUUUGGCUCACAAAACUAAAUAUUAUAAUAUCCGCAUGUAGGCUUAAAGUAAAUAACUCAUCUGAUCACUGAAACAAAUCAUCUGUUCAGCCACUGCAGGACGGAGAGAGGACACGGAGACAUGUCCAGGUUGAGCUGCGCGAGAAAUAAGAGGAAGAAAGAAAAGGAGGGAGACGAAUCACAUAUCUUGUUAACUUCAUCAUGUGUGUUUAUUUACUAGAUAUUUAAUUUAAUGCAGUUUCAGCUGUGUUGAUUCGGUCAGGUUGUGUGUCGAAACGCGUGCCAAACGUGCUCAUCAGAUCAGAUAUAGAUCAGAAUAUAUCUAUAUAGAUCUAAAUGUAUGUGCUAACUCAGAUUAUUAGUUGUUGAUGAUUAUUUAUUGCACUGAAAUGUGCCUGACACUGUGGAAACCUGCCGGUGAGGCAUCGGUGACGUAUGCUGAUACGCCGCUGGUCUACCAAAAUACCUCUAGACCAGCUGCGUUUCGCUUGCGCUGAAAGCUGACCAGUUUUGAAUCGGCGAGCUUUCAGCGCACUUUACACGCCACUGGCGAGCACGAAAAUAUCACUGCGCCCGCUGAUUCUGUCGACACCUCCCCCUGCCACGCCAACACGCCCAGCUUGGCGGAUCUCGGUUCGCCUCCGUGCGACGUUUAGGGGAAGGGGUGGGGGGGUAAGUUACCCUGUUAAAACCUACAUUUUAUAAUGAAAUUAGCAUAUUUUACCCCCCGCUGUCAUGGUAAUUAAUGAUGAAUUUGGGUUUUUUGCAUUGAAACCUAUUUAAUUGAAUUCCUUGACCCCAAAAAUGUGCACUUUGACACCAAUAUUAUGAUUAUAGCUCCAACAUAAGAAAAGAUAUGGGGUCUGGUGUAUAAGCGGUUUAUUGUCGGCGGCCAUUUUUAAAAUGGCUAUUAAAAAAAAUUGAAGGGUGAUCUAACUUGUCUCUUUGGAUAAAAUGUUUCCUAUGACCCUAAGGUACUUCCAUGCCAAAGGAACAGUAAAUCUCAGUUUAGGGGGAGGGGUGGGGGGGUAAGUUACCCUGUCAAAACGUACAUUUUUUCAUGACUUUAACAUAUUUUACCCGCCAUUGUCAUGGUAAUUAAUGAAGCAUUGGGUUUUUUACAUUGAAACCUAUUUAAUUGAAUUCUUAGACCCCAAAAAUGUGCACUUUGACACCAAUUUUAUGAUUAUAGCUCCAACAGAAGCAAAGAUAUGGGGUCUGGUGUAUUGGCGGUUUAUUGUCGGCGGCCAUUUUUAAAAUGGCGAUAAAAAAAGAUUGAAGGGUGAUCUAACUUGUCUCUUUGGAUAAAAUGUUUUCUAUGACCCUAAGGUACUUCCAUACCAAAGGGGACAUUUGUAGCAUGACUUGAAGUAAAAUGUGUCUUAGGGCCCCAACUAGUAGUUAUUAAGAACAUUAUGAUCCAAAUUGUUCUUCAGAAGGGGUCUCACUACUGCCGUUUUAAGGGCAGCAGGGAAAGAGCCUGUCUGAAGAGAACAAUUCACUAUAUUUAAAAGCUCGCCUUCAAAGAAUCCAUAAAACAUGUUAAAAAGUGAUGUGGGAAUUGGGUCUAAAAGGCAGGUUGUUGGUUUUACUUGGGAGAAAACUCUACCAAGCAUCUCAGCAUCAACCAGGACAAAACUGUCCAGUGUUUCCUCAGGUAAAAACAAGCUUUCAACUGUAUUAGAAACAGUGUUUUAAAUAGAUAAAAAAGAGGAUCGUGUAAAAUCAAUUUUACCCCUAAAGUGGUCUGCAAAACCUUCACAAAGUGUGUCUGAAAGAGUGAUUUGAUAUCUGUUAAAAACCGGGUUUAUUAAAAGAUCAAUUGUAGCAAAGAGGAUUUUUGGGUUAUUCUUAUGAUCUGUGAUUAUGUUGGUAAAAUAGGUGGAUCUUGUGUGUCUGAGAGCUUUAUUGUAGAUUUUCAGUUGCUCGCAGUACAUUUGAUGAUUAAUUGUAAUUUUAUUUUUCCUCCAUCUCCGCUCAGCUACCCUGCAAUUUCUAUUUAGUUUUUUGAUUUCCUCAUUUCUCCACGGCGGUGUGCGCUUAGGCAGUACCUUUUUUGUUUUCAGUGGAGCUACAAGGUCGAGGGUGGUUUCAAGUUUGUGCAUAAAAUGUUGAACAAUAAAAUCACAGGAUGCAGGUAGAGUAGCUGAGGGAUGCUUGCUCAUGAUCUCGAUAAAAUUUGCUGCCACUUCUGAGGUAAAAUGGCGUUUCCUGACAGUUCGCACCGAGGUCUCCCGCUGAAUAAAACUGGUGAUAUUAAAAAACACACAAUAAUGGUCCGACACAGCCAGGUCAACAACAGAGGACACACUGGCUGACAGGCCAUAGCUGAGGACUAGAUCCAAGGUGUGUCCUCUGUUGUGAGUUGGCUGUGUGACGUGUUGUGUAAAAUCCAAGCAAUUAAGAAGAUUUAAAAACUCUUUUGCCAUUGAGUCAGAUGGAUUGUCUAUGUGUAAAUUAAAAUCACCAGAUAUAAUAAUAAAAUUGUAAGUGGCAUGGAUUAUUGCUAAAAAUUCAGAAAAUUCACUGAUAAAAGCAACAUCAUGUUUUGGUGGUCUGUAAACAGUUAUACACAGAAUCGAGAGACUGUUAAAAACAACAGCAUGAUGUUUAAAGGUGGUGUACUGAUCAAAUUGUAUUUCUUUUGUCCUUAGUAAGUUGUUGAUUAUUGAUGCAGUACCACCACCUUUCCUGCCACUUCUAAAAGAGAACGUAAAGUUAAAAUUAGGUGGGGAGGCCUCAGUGAGAAAAACUGGCGCGUCUGUACCCAUUGUCUGCCACGUUUCAGUUAAAAACAGACAAUCAACCUUGUCUAAAAUCAGGUCAUGGACAAUUAAAGAUUUGUUUAAAAGAGAGCGAAUGUUUAAAAGUGCCAUGUUGAUGUUGACGGGUGAUUUACAGAAUGUGUGGUUCGAUUGUUGAUGUUUUGGGAGAGGUCUGAGGUUAUUGAAGUUCACAGAGUGUACAUGAUGGAGUCUGGCUGUCUCUCGCUGAGUGAUGAUGACAGGAAUGGGUGAAUGGUUAAUGAAAACAGAGGGUCCAAGUCCAGUAUUGUGUGUGACAGAGGUGGAACUAAAAUCAUAGCAACUGGGACCUGGGAGACAUCAAUCAGUGGCGGAAAGGUCAGUCGGUGCAUGUUUGGGCUGAUGGCAGGAAAGUGAGAGUUGACUAUGUUGUAGACCUUAUGCCAGGUUGGCGGCCAGCACGCGGGUGCCAGCGAAAUUGUCAACAAAGCCGACAUUGUGGUUACUGCAGGCUGAUGAGAGCCAGGUGUUCAGGCUGAGCAGCCUGCUGAAGCGCCCAAUACCUCUGCCACAGGUGGGGGUGGGGCCGGAGAUGAAAACGCGCAGCUGGGGCCGUGAGAGUUCGUUAAAAAGCUGUGUGAAAUCACGCUUUAAAAGCUCGGACUUUUGUCUGGAGGUGUCAAUGGUGCCCACAUGUAUGACGACCCUGUUUACCUGAGGAUGUGAAUUCAGGGCGCUUGGGAUUUUCUCAGUGAUGUCUGCAACAGUGGCGCCGGGAAAGGACAGACUGAAUGCUCCCCUCAAACGGACAGUCCGGAUGAUGGAGUCCCCGAUGACAAGUGUCGUGGCCCGUUGCCUGAGGGGGUCGGCUGGCUCGGUGGAUCUGUCCUCCCCGUCAGGCGCCCAGGGAUGAGACCGUCCAGUGUGCCACCGCACCGCGUCCUUGAGGAGCUGCCUCCGCUGGGCUGAGGGACGGGGGGACGGAGGCGAGCGGCACGGCGCUGGACGCCGAUCUGGUCAGGCACAGGCAGCCAUGAGUGAAGGGAAGGCUGUGGUGUCCGUCAGCGGGGGCAUAGCAUCCCUCGGGGAGACCUCGGGAUCAGCAGGGCCCUGGUCCAGUGGCUCCACAAUAAUGGACAGAGCUGAAUAUUUGUUGGAGAGAGGGAUGCCGAUGGAGGAGGAAACCCCGCACGGAGCCCCGGCAGGAGCCUUCUUACGACUACGGACCACUACCUCAGACCAGGGGGUCCCUUUGUUGGGAGUAGAGCUGGAGGGCCGCUGACAAGUGGACGAGGAAGGCUCCCAGACGACGGUGUCCCUCAGUGCAGCGGCAGAGCUAUGCUGUGGCAGCUCGCUGGUCUGUGUGCCGGGAGCAGAGAUUUAAAAGUGGCCGGGAGUGAGUCCUUCCUCUGCAGCUCUUCCGAGAGUCGAUCAAUGUCCUCCAGAAGAUCGGCGAUCUUUCGCUGGGCUCUUUUAAGUUGUUGACCAACUUCAGCAGGUGAGGAAGCGUCGAUGACGGUAGCCUCCAUGGGUGCCAUGUCGCUAACUCAGCAAGAGUGCAUAAAAUCCCAGAGUCUGAUGUCUAAAACCUUUUAUCCGGUAAAAUCAAAAAGAUAAAAAUAAUCCUUUGCUCAAGGAACAAAAUGUUAAAAGCAAUCAGAACAUUUUAAAACCGAAUAAAAACGAUGGCUUGCGGGGACCUGCACUCUUUUUCUCUGCUACGACAGAUAAAAUUAAAUAAAGUAAAAUAAAAUAAAAACCCAUACAGGGUAAAAGUUCAACUUAAGAGCCAGCAAACACUUAAAAUGCAGUCUUAAAAGUUGUUAAACCGGUUAAAAUGGGUUAAAAAGUUGGUCGCAGGAGAGAGAAAUGGCUGGGUGCCAUACGACGCCCUUUGCUAUAAAACUCAAAAUUGAGCUCAGUUGCAUCCUGUUUCCACUGAUCAGCCUUGAAACGUUCCUCCAACUUGACAUUGGACAUGAUUUGGAAAGCCACACCUGUCUUUAUAAGAUCCCACAGCUCACAGAGCACGUCAGAGCACAAACCAAGCCAUGAAGUCGAAAGAAUUGUCUGUAGACCUCUGAAACAGGGUUAUAUCGGCGCACAGAUCUGGGGACGGUUACAGAAAAAUAUCUGCUGCAUUGAAGAUCCCAAAAAGCACAGUGGUCUCCAUCAUUAAGAAAUGGAAGACGUUUGGAACCACCAGGACUCUUCCUAGAGCUGGCCGCCCAGCCAAAAUGAGCAAGCGGUGGAGAAGGGCCUUGGUCAGGGAGGUGACCAAGAACCCGAUGGUCACUCUGACAGAGCUCCAGCGUCCCUCUGAAGAGAUGGGAGAACCCUACAGAAGGACCACCAUCUCUGCAGCACUCCACCAGUCAGGCAUUUAUGGUAGAGUGGCCAGACAGAAGCCACUCCUUAGUAAAAAGCACAUGACAGCCCGCUUGGACUUUGCUAGAAGGCACCUGAAGGACUCACAGACCAGGAGAAACAAAAUUUUCUGGUCUGAUGAAACGAAGAUCGAACUCUUUGGCCUGAAUGCCAAGCGUCAUGUCUGGAGGAAACCAGGCACCGCUCACCACCUCGCCAAUACCAUCCCUACAGUGAAGUCUGGUGAUGGCAGCAUCAGUGGGGAUGUUUUUCAGCAGCAGGAACUGGGAGACUUGUCAGGAUCGAGGGGAAAAAUGAAUGCAGCUAAGUAAUUCGAAAUCCUUGAUGAAAACCUGCUCCAGAGCGCUCAAGACCUUCGACUUGGGCAACGCUUCAUCUUCCAGCAUGAUAAUGACCCUAAGCACACCGCCAAGAAGACAAAGGAGUGGCUUCAGGACAAGUCUCUCAAUGUCCUUGAGUGGCCCAGCCAGAGCCCAGACUUGAACCCGAUUGAACAUCUUUGGAAAGACCUGAAAGUAGCUGUGCACCGACGCUGCCCAUCCAACCUCACUGAGCUUGAGAGGAUGUGCAAGGAAGAAUGGGAAAAACUCCCCAAAUCCAGGUGUGCCAAGCUUGUUGCAUCAUACACAAGAAGACUGGAUGCUGUAAUCGCUGCCAAAGGUGCUUUGACCAAAUAUUGAGUAAAUGGUGUGAAUACUAUGCAACAUUUGGGUGUUCUUAUUUUUAAUAAAUUUGCAAAAUGUUCUAAAAAAAGUUUUUUGCUUUGUCGUUAUGGGGUAUUUUGUGUAGAAUUUUUGAGGGAAAAGGGGAAUUUAGUCCAUUUUGGAAUAAGGCUGUAACAUAACAAAAUGUGGAAAAAGUGAAGUGGUAUGAAUACUUCCGGAUGCACUGUAUGUGCCAGCAAGGCCUCACAUACUUCACCACAGAUCAGCUGCUGUAAAGGCGUGAAUGAAGGUGUCUUCGGUCAGGACACGCAGGGGCUUGAUAUUCCAUACUACAUGUGUUAUACCUUGUUCCUUUCUUUCAGAAAACAGAAGUUAUAUUCAUAACAUUUCGUUCUCCACAUUAACCUGUCUGAGGAAGCACAGUUCCUGCUUUUCGCUUUGUCAUUAUGGGGUAUUUUGUGUAGAAUUUUUGAGGGAAAAAGGGAAUUUAAUCCAUUUUGGAAUAAGGCUGUAACAUAACAAAAUGUGGAAAAAGUGAAGUGGUAUGAAUACUUUCCGGAUGCACUGUAUAUACACUACUGGUCAAAAGUUUUAGAACACCCCAAUUUUCCCAGUUUUUUUUAUUGAAAUUCAAGCAGUUCAAGUCCGAUGAACAGCUUGAAAGGGUACAAAGGUAAACAGUGAACUGCCCGGGGUAAAUAAAAAAAGGUAAGUUUAACCAAAACUGAAAAAUAAUAUACAUUUCAGAAUUAUACAAAAAGGCAUUUUUCAGGGAACAAGAAAUGGGUGAACAACUUAAACCACUUCUGCAGCAAUGGAGGUUGAUCAAACCUUGAAAGUUUGUGCUACCAAUUCCUACAGGUGUCCCACCUUUGAUCGCUGUGCUGCUGCUCCUUGACCUUAAUCACUUACAACCUUCUCUGUCUGCAUAGAAGUAGUGUUGAAACACACUGUGGUACCAUACCGUUGUGAGCAUUGUUUAAACAGUAGUGUACUGCAGGAAGUAGUGUGUUACUACAAAAAUGGCGAAGAAAAGGCAAGUAACGAUAGCUAGUCCAUGAGCCAAGACCCCAAAAUUGACCCACUGCAAUAAUUCGGGUGGGCUAGUUUGUUUUUUUGAGUUGCUCCACAUCCCUAGUUUAUGGUUUGGCAUAAUAACCCUUGCGGACUGGUAGCUUAGUGAUAGUUAUCAUGCUUUUAAUCUAUGGAGUCCUGUAGCAGAAAUACCUGAAUUUUGUAUGGUGCUUGUUUGCUAUUAUGGGGCUUGUGGACUACUUGUUGACUGCUCUGCCCCCCUAAAUUAUUCUGAUUUAUUCCUAAAUCAUUGGAGAACUGAAAUAAAUAGUUUGAUUUGUUGUCCAGAUAAAAUUUAAGACUAAAAUAUUCAUAGGCGGAAAUAGCAUUUUUAUUUUUCUCUUGUGUAUCUUUUUCUCAGCAGAACAAUUGGGUAAUAUUUGCAUCAUUUUAGACACUGGAUUUGAAAUCUGACCAGUCUUACCUUUCAGCAGGUACCAAAUUGAUGCCUGUAGCCCUUAUAGUUUUGGAAAUACACACAUUUUUAUGUUCACAUGCACAACAUAAUUUUCUGGCUUCUGACAUUUCCAAGCUGUUUCUCUCAUCUCUCAAUCACUCAGGUCAGAAAGAUUUUCUGUUUCCCAUGUGAAUUAUUCAACCUACAUUAAUCAAACACAUCUGGUGAUAAAAUAAAAUAUUUGGGGGGGUGUUAUGUUGUGAUAUGACUGUUAUUGGUGAAGUGAUGCCACUGGGGGUGUGACUGCUGCUACAGCGCUAGCUAGGUUUGCUGAGACAAAUGAUGGGGAGGGAGAUUGAUAUUGUUUCAUUAGAGGAGGAGAUAGAACUGAAAUUGGUGAAUGAAACCACAAAAACAACUAGAAAAAUUGCAUUUCCUUGCAGAAAAUGCGUGGAAAUGCUGAGUGCUGAAAGCCGAAAAAGCAAUGCAAAACUGCCAAUAAAAAAUGGAGGAAGGUAUGAAUGGAAAAACUGUUGAAAAGGUGGAGUAGAAGAAGAAGAAAUUGUAUGAAUGGAAGAUUUGUAGUAUAGCUGAAGGUAAAUUAGUUUGGUGAACUAUGCCCUAAAGCUCAUUCUCUGUAAUGGCUACAUUCAUGACAAGAAACUUGUGAGAACCCCACGACUCUGCUGAACAUAUUGAUACAAUUAAUUAACAAAAUCCUAAAUACACCCCAUUAUGUCCUCAAUGAGCUGAAUUUUUGAAGCCCAGAAUGGUUUCUGUAGCUCAAAGUUUGUGGGUGGAGAUAGGUGGUGAUGCAGACACAUAUUAACUGUGUGUACAUGCAGGUCUUUUAGACACAGACACACAAGCACACACAUUGUCAGACUGUGUGUGUGUGUGUGUGUCUCGUUAAUGAUUGCAUCCUAAACAGCUGUGAGAUCAAAGGCAUUAACUGACCUACUGUUUGAAUGAGAAGCUGCCUCUGGACUUCUUCACAUAGCACGAUUUCCUUAAAUCCCAGAAUGAAAAUAAGAACAUCAUACGAAUCCUCCGCCCUUCAUGAACACAAUGAUGUGUUUUUCAUGUCUGUACUCCAAAAAAUGCCACAACAGCGAGUUAAAAAAGUCUGAGCCUGAGUGACAAUAAGGAUUUUCUUGGAGAAAAAAUACAUUAGGGUUAAUGGGAGAGAUUUCCGCCUAUUUGGACAGUUGGUCACCUGCUGGCCAAGGGGUAGGAUUUAAUGAUUUGAAACCUUCUUUGUGAGAAGCAGGACACAUAUACCUCCAUUUUUAUGGUUUUUUUAUGGCUGUGGAGUGAAAUUUGUGGGCGUGGGAGCGAUAUAUUCGAGCGAGGUUCUGUCGAAAAAAGAGGAGCUGUCCACUCUGGCUUUUAAAUUACACACUCUAGCCUCUCCAAUACACACCCAUUAUAAAGCCGGAAAUUUGCUGAAAACCACGAGUUGCUUAAAGCUAAAUUGGGAAAUUGGAAAAACUGUAAAAGAUAUCAAAAAACUGAGUACAACUUUCAUAGUCGACAAGACAAUUAACAUUUUAAAGCAAGAAUGAGGUCUCUAGGUGAAAGUAUGCUGAAGUUAUAAGGCUUUGAAGGUGGAAGAAUGAAAGGAAGAACUGGAAGAUUUCCCCAUUGACUUCAAUGUUAAAAUUUUUGCACAAAAAGUUAAAAAAAACAAAAAGUAUAAGGGGUAGAAAGGUAAAAAAUAGACGCAAUAAUGUCCUGAAGGAGUGGAACCUGGCUUCACUCUCAUAAGGUCAGACAGAGAUGCUUAAGCUAGUGGCAAGAAGAAAGGAGGAGGUCUGGCUUUAUUUGUCAACCAGAGAUGGUGUAACCCUUCACGAAUUACUGUCAAGGAGAACUUGUGUUGUCCAGAUAUUGAACUGUUGGCAGUUGCUCUUGGGCCAUAUUAUGUUCCAAGAGAAUUUAGUCAUAUUACAACAGCAGUUGUUUACAUUCCACCCAAAUCAAGAAUGUUGCGAUGUUUUGCAAAAUAGUGUUGCCAGGCUACAGACUCAACACCCUGAGGCACUAAUAAUAAUAUCGAGAGACUUCAACCAUGUCACUCUCUCCUCUCACCCGACUGGAUUCACACAGUUUGUGAACUGUCCUACCAGAGAAAACAAAAUCCUGGAUCUGCUGUACGCCAAUGUCAAAGAAGCCUACAGAGCCACUGCCUUACCACCACUGGGCAAGUCAGAUCAUAACUUAAUCUAUCUGCAAACCCGUUACAGACCUUGUGUACUGAGGCAGCCUGUGACCAAAGUCAAAAUCAGAAGAUGGACACCUCAAGCCAGUGAAGCUCUAAGAGACUGUUUUAAAUCAACAGACUGGAAUGUGCUGCUGGAAACAGAUGUGGAUAGUAUGAACAUUGACAAACAGGUUGACUGCUUUACUGAAUAUGUCAACUUCUGUAGAGACACAGUUAUACCCACAAAAACUGUUCGUUGUUUCCCCAACAACAAACCCUGAAUCACAAGAGACAUAAAAGCAAUCCUCAAACAGAAAAAGAAAGCUUUUAAAGAUGGUAACAAAGAACGACUCAAAGAACGACUCUUUAACUCAGAGUUAAAGAGGAGACUGAAGAUGGCAAAGCUGGAGUGCAAAAAGAAGAUGGAGAAGAAUCUACAACAUAGCAACAUCCGUGAAGUGUGGAGAGGAAUCAGUACCAUCUCUGGACACAGCAGUAAAAAGAAAAGACAUCCAGUGGUGAGUGAUGUGGGAAGAGCUGAUGAACUCAACCUGUUCUUCAACAGAUUUGACACUGCUGUCACUCCCACUUCCACUCCUACUCCACCUUCCUCUCCGCAACAAAUCUCCACUGCAACUUCUCCCCUUCCUCCUCCAUCUCGUUAAAAUGUCUCAACCACUUCAACUGCCUCCCUCCUAGAACACCAGUCCUUGUCUGUCACCGAAACAGUGGUGAGGAUGGAGUUUGGAAGACUUUGUCCAGUUGAUUUGGGUGGACUAUAAACAACCACUGUUAUGAUAUGACUAAAUUCUCUUGGAACAUAAUAUGGCCGGAGAGCAACUGCCAAUAGUUUAAUAUCUGGACAACACAAGUUCUCCUUGACAGUUAUGUGUGAAGGGUUACACCAUCUCUGGUUGACAAAUAAAGCCAGACCUCCUCCUUUCUUCUUGCCACUAGCUUAAGCAUCUCUGUCUGACCUUAUGAGAGUGAAGCCAGGUAGAUCCACACUGGAGUCUGAGUUGUUUUGAUUCAACCAGGUUUCAGUAAAACCCAGGAAACUGCACUCACGGUAUGCUUUCUCAGUCUUCACCAAUAUCUCCAGCGAAUCGCUUUUGUUGAGCAGAGAGUUGAUGUUUCCCAUGAUGAUUCAUGGAAGAAAGAAAGUGUUUAUAUCACCACCUCCUAGCAGUGCAAUGGAUAGCACAUUCUUUACCUUUUUUGUGUUCGUCACCUUCACUGGAUUUAGUAGCCAUGUCUUUCCUAGGCCAUCCAUCAAGUUUCUGAAACACUGAGAUAAAAUGUACUUUAAAAGGGUUGUGAGAAUAAUCUGCUAAUUUAAAUGUGCAAUAUGCAGCUUGCCCCUUUAAAAAUGUGAAUAGGCCUACAAAGUUCUAUACAUUCUAGUACAACCUGUGUGUGUGUGUGUGUGUGUGUGUGUGUGUGUGUGUGUGUGUGUGUGUGUGUGUGUGUGUGUGUGUGUGUGUACACAUUAGCCUACCCCAGCUUUUGAAAACAAAAAAACCUACAAGUGCCACACAUUUAUGGAAAUUUCUGCAACAGAGUUGGGAAGAACUUUCUGAUGAAUAUUUGAUUUCUAUUGUAGAAAGAAUGCCAAGAGUGUUGUUAUAUCUGCCAAAGGUAGCUGCUUUGAUGAGUCCAAGGUUUAGAAUACAUUUUCGUUUCUAAAUUAAUUCUAUGAUUUCUUUUUUAACUUCAAUUGUUUAUUUGUUCUGUGCAUUCAUUUCAGAGUACACUGAGACAUUACACUGCAUCAUUUUCAAUCAAAUUCUGGAAAAGUUGGCGUGUUCUAAAACUUUUGACCAGUAGUGUGUAUGUUUAUAUAUAUUUAUUAUAGAGCCUAUAAUUUUAAUUCUCACAUCUGAAUUUUAGUAAAAUCACACAUCACAUAAACUUUGGUCUUGAAUUUUUCAUGCGUUUGUCUGAGAUUUGAGCAGUUUUACAUCUACUUUCUCAGACUAUAAACAAAAUAUGUUUACCUUGUAAUUUGGAACUUUGCAUACUUACAGUAUGGACACCAAAGUAUGAUUGCCCCACCCCCCCACCCCGUUAAACUGGUUUAAUAGCAUCUCAUUGAACACUAUGACAGAAAAGUUGUAAUAGUGACUAUUAUGAUGAAUUUAAUCCACUGACUGUUGCAGGUCCGCUAAUGAUACAAGCAUGUCCAAUUGUUCAUGCUUAUUUUAGCAGCUGAAGAAGUGACAGUCUUUCACACCUUUUUCCUGCUUCUCCAGGUGUUCUCCCUGAUAUCGAGCAUUACUUUGGAAUCGAUGAUGAAAAGUCUGGCUUACUGCAAACGGGUCAGAAAACUUUAGUUGUCAAAUACUCUUCAUCUAUCACUAAACAACCAAGAGAAUGGCUGAAUGUUACUUUAAAGUCUGUCUUUUUCUGGAAACCUUGUGUGGUGAUUGAAUCAUAUUCAUGACUGCUUCUUUGGGUUUGCUUUGGAUUUGUCUGUCAUCUCAUAGUGUUUGUUUUGUGUUCUUUCAGUUUUUAUCUGCAGCUACAUGUUCUUGGCUCCUGUUUUUGGAUACCUGGGUGACAGGUACAACAGAAAGAUUAUCAUGAGUGUUGGCAUCACGUUCUGGUCUUUAGUGACACUUGCCAGCUCCUACACCCCCAAAGAUGUGAGUCAGAUUUAUCUUUCCUUAAACAGUCCCUGCUCUUUUUGUGACUUUUGAAGGAUCAUGUGAGAAGGUUUUAUCCUGGUAUUAAAAGUUUAAGGUAUAAAUCAUCCCCUUUGCCCCCCUGCAGCAUUUCUGGGCUCUGCUUUUCACUCGAGGCCUGGUCGGGGUUGGAGAGGCCAGUUACUCUACUAUCGCUCCGACUAUCAUCGCUGACCUCUAUGUGAAGGGAAAGAGGACAAAUAUGCUCUCUAUUUUUUAUUUUGCUAUCCCUGUUGGCAGGUGAGUUCAUAUUAUUGGUCCUUGUUGUGUAGCUGUGUUUGGGCUAGUCGGGGAAACCUUUAGGUGUCAGCUUUGUUCAUUUGGAGCCAGGAGGACUAUACUUGGAGCUUGAGUCACUUGCUUGGUGAUUAAGUUGCAUUGUCAACACAAAUGGAUGUUAUUCAUGCAGACUUUGUCUCCAAAUUUGAAUUGAUAUAAGAAACAAGUAACAAUACAAUUUUCACGGGACUCCAAUGAUCUGUGGUGACCAACAUGACCAAGAUGAAGAAGCGCAUUUUUCUCAAGGAUCCUUACUGAAUGACUUUGAGCUGACCUUUAGUCCACAACUUUUUUGUUGCUUUAAGCUUAAAAAGACCACAGCAGAAGAAAGGUUUUUUAAGCUAAAAUUCCUGUCAGGAGUGUUUUCACAUCUAUGAAAGAGAAUAAAAAUUAUCUUGAUGUCUUUUUAUGAUAUUCAAUAGCGACCAAGAACAUCAGCAACAAGAUAGAUCAUGUUUUAAUCUUGAACUUUACUGCCCGAAACUUGUGUUAGGGGGGUAAGUGUCCGCUGAGCAUCUGCAGAAACAGCCCUGUUCUAACAGUUUUAAAUUACAUAUUCACAGUAAAAGACACACUCGACUGUCAAAAGUCAAGCAUGGAGAGGACAACAUAAGCAAAGACUGUUUUGUCCACAGGGGGUGCCAAAAUUGAAAUUGAAUAAGGCCUAAAUGAAUCAUCAUACUGGUGUUACUCUAUGCACCAAAGGGUAAAACUUAACAGCCACAUUGUGAUUCAGCGGAGAUAUCAAAAUAUUAUGAUAUAUACAGUUUAUCUCGAUGAAGCAUGGAAAUAUGGGGAUUUUUGUCACUCUUGUAUCACUCAGCUCCAGACGGGACCAGGCCUGAAUUCAGUUUUUCAAUUUUUCAUUAAAUACCAACAGGGGAAAACAGGCUCAGAUUUUCAGCAGCAAAUGGUUGCUCAUUUAUAGGUCAACAAUGUUGGAAACGGGAAACAGCUUGAAAAGUUUGUAGCCACAGACUUCACUGGUGUUUAGGUAGAAAUUUUGACCCUGUUAGUCUGAGAUUUCCACUCUGCAAAGGCCUUUAGUUUUUCAUUAAAGACAUCAACAAUGAGUUCGUUUUGACAUUGCAAUACAAAAUCAAAGUAGGACAUAUUUGCAGUGACUCUUUUUGUGAUUCAACAUCUGUUAUAACUACGGAAACCACUUACACCUUCACCGAGAAUUCCCCCGCUAGCAGGGUCAGUCUUAAAGUCAAAACACCAGUGUCUUAAUAUGAUCAUGAUGACCAUAUUAGAAUAUCAUUGAUAUUGUGUCCACAGCUGGAAUAGUUUUAGUCCAAGAGGCUACUCCACCCUUAAAACACUAUGGCUUAUAUUAAAUAUUCAUGUAAACUGAUUUGCUCCAUUCCCCCCCCCCCUCCUCCUCGUUUCUUUAUCUUUCUUCCUAUCAGUGGUUUAGGAUACAUUGUGGGCUCCCAAGUCAGCAGUCUUGCUCAGGACUGGCACUGGGCUCUGCGGGUAUGUCUUAUUGUGUAAAUUUUGCUGCUUUGUUCUCCAGAAAUGCACACACAAGGCUGUAUCACCUGUAUCUGACCAUAUUCAAUGUUUGUGCUGUCCUCUCUUUAGGUGACCCCCGGACUGGGACUGAUCGCGGUGCUGCUGCUCCUGUUUGUUGUUAAGGAGCCUAAAAGAGGAGCCAUCGAAGCUCGACCAGAGCACCACCUGCACCAGACCAGCUGGCUGAAGGACCUGCAGGCUCUAAGCAAGAAGUAGGUUCUACAUCCUUUGUUUGUCAUGUUAAAUGGCGUAGUCUACCAUGAUGUUAAGAUGUGAAAGACUCGAAACACCAGUGGAAGUUUCACAUAUCACAUUGAUGCUUGCCACUCUUGCACAGAACACUGAUGGUACGUUUGAACAGUUUUUAGCAGCAGCUGUGAAAAGCAUGAUGCUUUGGUUGUUUGCAAUGUGCAAAGCAAUGCAUGUAUCGACUGUGAAGCCGACAUCAGGUGCCAAACAUGGCUAUGUGUAGUAGCUCUUUCUGUUACCACAAUGUCUGAGUCACUGUGGAACAUUCAUGUCACUGAACCUUAAAUUUACAGAGAGAAUGUCAUCAAAAAUCAUUUCGCAGCAGAAAAAACGUGUUUAGCAUUUUGCACAUCAGAAGACUAUUUUAAGUAAGAUCAUACAACUCUUUUGAAGCUGACUCUGCAUGGUUUUGUGAAAGCACUUAAAUAUGAAAACUUUUAAAGGUUUAUGCUGGGGUUUGAAAACUAGGCUCUAGUUCUGCUUUGUUGAAGUCACAUAAUAUAACUACACAAUUACUCAGCUUAGCAUGCAGCAGAGAAGCAGCUUCUGAGUGCUUUUGAGGAGAUAAUGGUGUUUUAAAAUGUGUUUAACUGUUUUAAAGACAGGGAUGCUGUGGCUUUUCUCUUCCCUUACAAUUGAACUAAAGUUGUCUCUUGAGAAUCAGUUCAUAUCAAACUUUAUUAUAAAGCUCUUUUCAUACAAAACGAUGUAACACAAAGUGCUUCACAGUCUCCUAAAAAACCAAACCAAUCCCAAAUGGAAAUAAAAUAGAUAAAUUUUAAUAUCAAAUAUCAAAAGCUAAACUAAAAAGGUGGGCCUUCAGCCUGCUCUUAAAACCAUUAACAUUCUCUGAGGUCCUCUUGCAGGCUAUUACAUAGGUGAGGGUUGUAAUACUGGGAGGACUCCUCACCAUGUUUGAGUGUUUCCUGACUGGGAAUGACUAGGACACCACUGUCGAAGGAGUCAGUGAAGUGUUACGCCCCAGUCUAGGGGUGCCUAGGGCACAACAUGAUAAGGCCUCAUCUUCCCCAAGUCCCAAGUAGCCACAAACCAGAGAUUCAUUUCAAUUUAAAGAAAAUGGUUUAUUUACAUUAAUUAGUAAAUGAACAUAUAGAUAUAGAAAAAUAACUAAGGCUGAGUGGUUAGGCUUCAGGGUGGACCAAGGCCAAAACAACAACCAAAAUGAUCCUGUCUGUGGAGUAAGUAACUAACCUAACCAAACAAAGGAAACGAAUGACAAAAGACUUACCUCCCUAACUAAAAUACACAGGAGAAAAUAAGGUUAACAAAACUGGCAGCCCACCCUUACUACUCAAAAGCAAUCACUACCAAAAUACACAACGGUUUAACACAGCAAAACAGUGUGGCCGGUUGGGAGAGGAGGAGGAUGAGGAAUGCCUGUAGCCCUGCCACCGGUGGCCGCCAUCUUGGCUCUUCAUAUAGCAGGUGGUUUUCUGUUUCAGCCAAUCGCUGUCCAGGACGUAGACCAAUCCACUAAUGACCGCACGGCUGUGGCACAUACCUAUUUGCAUAGGAGGUUGACACAAAAGACACAGGGCACACACACACACAGCAGACAGUCUACAAAUUAUGACCACAGUCAUAACAGAAGGUUCAUAAGGUAAAAGCAGUUCUGAGAGAUAAGAAGGCCCAAGACCAUUAAAAGAUUUGAAAACAAGUUAAAGAACCUUAAACUCAAUCCUAAAACACACAGGGAGCCAAUGCAAUGAUUCCAAAACCGGUGUAAUGUGGGUCCGCCCCCUGGUCUUCGUCAGGACAUGUGCUGCAGAAUUUUGCAGUAAUUGUAAACCUGCAAUAUUUUUUUGUUUUUUUGGGGAAGACCAGAAAGAGGGGCAUUACAGUGGUCUAUACAACUUGUGAUAAAAGCAACUGUCAAUGUUUCUGUGUUGGCCUGAGAGAGAAUAGGGCAGGCUCUGGCUAUGUUCUUUAGGUGAUAAAAACCUAUUUUUGUUAUGUUUUUAAUGUGUGGACUAAAGGUCAGCUCAGAUUAAAAAAUGACACCCAGGUUUCUCACUUGUGGUGACAGAUUAAAAGACAAUGCUUGUAGUUUGGGUAAGUUUCUCUCUCUGGUCCCUAGGACCAAUGACUAAAACCUCAGUUUUGUCCCAGUUAAGCUGGAAACAGUUUUCUACCAUCCAAGAUUCGAUAUCUAAAAUGCAGUUAAAAAGAGCAUCUAUUGGUCUUGUGUCAUCAGGAGACACAGAGUUGUAGAGCUGUGUAUCAUCAGCAUAACUGUGGAAGUUGAUUACAUGUCUCCUGAUGACACUGCCAAGAGGGAGCAUGUACAGGUUAAAAAGUACAGGGCCUAAGAUUGAACCCUGGGGCACACCAUUUUAUUUUAUGGACUUUGGAGGAGCACGUGUCCACACUUAACAUGAAGUGUAAAGAGGAACUUCCGCGUGUUACACACACCACUGGUAAUGUUUUACGAUACCAGCUGCCACCAGGGCCAUUCAAAAAACAUGUUGUAGAAGUCAUCUAGUACCAGAUGUAAAAAAAAAAAAGAAAAGCUAGAAACCCCCCUUGAACAGAAUUUGUUCUUACUGUGACUAGAAUCAUUGUUUUCAUCAGCUGUUUCUUAUUAUCACACAGCUGAUUUUUUUCUCUCUCUUUUUCUCCUCUGCAGCUACAGCUUUGUGUUGUCCACCCUCGGCUUUACAGCUGUGGCUUUUGUCACCGGCUCUCUAGCUCUUUGGGCUCCCACGUUCCUCUUCAGGGCCGCUGUGUUCAACGGGGAGAAAGCUCCAUGUGUGGAGGGGAACUGUGCUUCCUCAGACAGGUAAAUGUGGAGAACGAAAUGUUAUGAACUUAACUUCUGUUCCCUGAAAGAAAGGAACAAGGUAUAACACAUAUAGUAUGGAGUAUUAAGCCCCCGCGUGUCCUGACCAAAGACACCUUCAUUCACGCCUUUACAGCAGCUGAUCUGUGGUGAAGUAUGUGAGGCCUUGCUGGCACAUACAGUAUAUACAUGCAACACCACAGUCAUCCUUCAGUUCAAUAGCCGCUCUUUACCGAGCCUAGUUGCACAGUGGAGCAACCCAGUGUUGCGCCUUGUUCCUCUCCUUCAGGGAACAGAGGUUAUAUUCAUAACAUUUCAUUCCCUUUCAGUCAAUUCACUUGUUACAACACAUAUAGUAUGGGACAUAUAUACACUGAGCAGCCACUGAACCGCAGUCAAACCUCCAAGAACUUUGGUUCAUCAUAAACCCAGCAGAAAGGACAGAGUGAGCCACGGAAGGGGCUGUCACGUCCAAAUGAUAAAACUGAACAAAAGUGUGCAGUGAUGACCAGCUGGCUGCAGCGCAGAUAUCACUCACAGAAACCCCUUUAAACAAGGCCCAUGAGGCAGCCAUGCCCCUGGUUGAAUGUGCCCUCACACCUUUGGGCAACUGAAGUCUAGGGAGAUAGCCUCCACAAUCCAGUGGGAAAGCUGCUGUUUAGACAGCGCCUUGUCCUUGACUGGAUUAGCAAAAUAGACAAUCAACUGGUCUCAUAAACGCACACUCUGAGUGUGGUCUAUGAAAGUGCAUAGUGCACGCACAGGGCACAAGAAAUGUAACCUCCUCUGCUCCUCAGAUGCAAACGAAGGGGGGCAGUAGCUCAAAAGUCAUAGAGCAGGGAUGCGCAGAUGGCUGAGCGGGUUAGCAGCGGUCGCGGAUUCGAGUCUGCUCCCGUCCAUGUGCUGCAUGUCCUUCCUCCUCUCUCGAUCUCCCCAUACUUCCAACCUGUCCUAUCAGUAAAGGCAAAAACUCGCCAAAAUAUACUUUAAAAAAAGUCAUAGAGCUAUAGGCUGCAGGGGUAAUCUUAAGGCUAAAACAUACAGGAUGCAUGGCAGCAGCGUCACAUGUCACACAACAAAUAAUUGGCCAUUCUAAUCAAUGCAGGAAAGCAUACAGGCCGUGUAUCAGCUCUGUCUCAGCAUAGUAUCGAGCUACACGACGAGUCUCUUUUUGCUGUUCUAUGCUUCCAAUGCGCGCCAGUGCACACUGAGAAGAUCGCCCUAGAUAGGAAGUCAAGCCCAUGUCAUCCGGUAUUUCAAAUUAAAACACCAUAUGUGAACUUCGGACUGUGUAUCAGUUCAUGUAGAUGAGAAAUACUUCCUGGUCAUGGAUUUACCAGUAACACAGAACAAUCCGAAGUUCAAUUCCUGAUCCAUGUGGACCCCAACAGGACUUGAAGGUAACAGCACAGCAUAAAGGAACAUAGUUUACUUUAUUAAACACAAGUAAACCUUCAAAAACUGAAACUGUAAAAUCAUGUUGCUUUUUCACAUAUAGUAGAGGCUCAACGGUCACUGAAUUAUGUCCAAAUUAGCAGGAAAUAGACCACAGAAAGGCAAAACAACCUUUUAUGAGCAUGUUGUUUCCUCUAUACUGAGCCCAGCUGACUGAGGCUGCGCUAGGCUGCUGCAUCCUGUAUGUGAUACCCAGGGCUGCUCUACGGAGCAAAUACGGAACACGCACAAUAUGGAUCCUGUAUGUUUUCGACUUUAAGAAAAUACACUGCAUUUGGGUGCAAUGUAACCUUAGAUCUAUCCAGAGUGAACUGGGUACAAGAGAAAUGCAGAGACAAAGCUUGAAGAUCACCCAUUCACUUUGCAGAUGUCAAAGCAAGUAGCAGUGCAGUCUCGUAUGACAGAUAUGAAAGAAAUUUCAUAUCUGCAGACUCAAUAGGCUCAAAUAGGGGUCCACAAAGAGCUUCAAGCACCAGCACUAAAUCCCAUUAGGGAACGCUGGGUUAAAACACAGGUCUUAGCUUGCAGAUUCCCCUCAGGAAGCGCAUAGCAAGAGGGUGAGCACCUAGCAUCUUAUCAUCAAAGCCAACAUAGCAUGUAGAUAUAGCCGCCAAUUAAACCUUAAUUGUUGAGAAGGAGAGACGCUUUUCCAGCAGCUCCUGUAAGAAUGUUAUAACAUCCACGUAGCGUACAUUGUGGUCCUGACACCACUGCUCAAAAAAUGCCCGUCAUUUGUAGGCAUCUAGGCCCCUAGAAGAUGAUGCCAUUGCACUCUGGAUUAUUCCCACCACGUUUGGGGGCAGAUCCUGAGCUAUUAAGUCGGACCUCUCAUCAGGUAGGCAUGUAGCACUAAUGGGUGCAAUCUCCACCUUCUCACAAGAAGAUCCCCACUGGAGAGAAGGUGCGGCCCAAGGUUCAAGUGACCCGGCAAAUGUGUAGUCCUGAGAGACAGAAAAUGAAUGAACACUGCACUGCAACCCUCCUUCUUUUAUCAGACCAACGAAAGAACGGCUGUACCAACCUUUACUCCUUUCUGAAGCGGGAACAACUUGUAUCGCUCUCUUGUUGAACAAGUUGUUUCUUUCUUCCCUCAGAACUGCUGCUGCUUCCUCUACCACAGCUGUGUAUUACAGAAUAGAAGCGAGGCGGCUGGGCCCUGAACUGUAAUCGGUAACAUGUGCCAAUGGUUCUCUCUACCUAUGGUUAGACUGCGCAUGUGCACCACUGAGGGAGGUAAACAGUUAGCCGACCAGGUAUAUGCUGCUGACCAGCUGGGGCCCCAAACUCGGGAUUCUCUUAGUAGGAGGUGCCGGUGCCGGUGCAGAUAUGCUUGUUGUUUGGGCUUUGCAUCAUGCCUGGGGAUGAUACUGCUCAAAGCUUCAGUUUGCUUUUUUCUCAGCUUGAACUUAGCCUGAAUGGCAUUGAGGGACUGCCCAAACAAACCAUUGGCCUACACAUGCUCGUCUAGAUAGACAGCUCUGUCCCUGUCCGGAACAUCGGAGAGACUCAGCCACAGGUUCCCUUUGCUCCACAACAGUCAAAGUCAUGUCUCUACCCAUAGAGAGCACUGCACAGCGGGACACUUGGAAUCCAUGGUGGCCAUAACUUUAUUUAGGAAAGGGGACAGCGGACUGUCAGGAGGCAUGCGCGAGCCGAGUUCCACCAGACACAUUGCCUGAUAUGUCUGAAGCAUGGUGACGGAGUACAUUGCACGAGCCGUAUUUGCAUGGUGACAGAGCUCAGUGCACGAGCCGUACUUGCAUGGUGAUGGAGCUCAGUGCACGAGCCGUACUUGCCUGUGUCCUGUAUAUCUUCGAGAACCUGCACUGCUUGGACAGAAGCAUGAAGGGGCCACUGACACCACGGUUCUGCGCCAGGGCCAGAUAGGCUGCCAGGGACACCUCCAUAAGCGGAGGGUUAACCAAACCAGCUUUUCCAGCUCCAUCCAGGUCCAAAAACUGUCCACAACCAGGCACUAUGGCACAGGUAGACAGCGGUUUGUUCUGUGAGAGUUGAGUUCCACAACGAAAUCCGGUCACAUGGGCAAGCUGUUCUCAACAGUCCUCGGUUUGGGAGGAUGAAAAAAUUCCACGAACCGCAACGGUUUCUGAGCCAGUGGAGGAGAGGGCCAAUCCACUUCCAGUUUCUCAGCUGCACAGCGGUACAGUGAGAGGAAGGAUGUGUCAUCCAGGUCAACCGACGUAGCAGCGGCGGCGUACUGACCUGGAGACAACGGCUCCUGCGUGUCCUCCAAUAAGCCCUGCAUGUCCAGGCCGAUGUCCAGCACGUCAUCAUCCUCCUGGUAACAGGCUACUCCAGAUAGCGGCUGGCCAGCACUCUUGUAGGAGCCCAGCUCAAAUCCAGCUGACUUGUCACCACACUCCACAUGGUCUACCCAGCUUCAUGGGGCCUUCAACCAAGAAGUCCUUGUGGCCAGACUCGGACGAAGCUGGGUCCCUGGACUCAGAGAGAUGGGGGUCAUGAAGCGCAAGGUGGUCUUUCCUAACACUCUCUCCACAAGAUUGACCCACCUUUCCAGUGUUAAGCUCUGGCGCUGGAGACAGCACGCACGCGACUCGGGCUCAGUCAACGCUCUGCUGGCAUGGACGAUCCCCAGGCAAAAGGGGACUUCUCUGCACUGAUAACGAGACACAAAACCGAAAAGUGGAUGAAAUUACUGCCUCGUGGGUAGCCAGUGGCUAGCACCAAAAAAGGGCAUUUAAGCUAACUUCAAACUGGCAGUAGCCACAAUCAAGACCAAGCUUACUAACAACAGCUAGUUUGCCUGACCUGGUAGAGAUGUUCUCAGAGAGGAGAAGAGUGCAAGAACUGAGGAAUGACUGUGGUGUUGCAUGGAUGUAUGUGCAGGCGGGGCCCUCACAAAUGUGACCACAGAUCAUCUGCUGUAAAGGCGUGAAUAAAGGUGUCUUCAGUCAGGCCACGCAGAGGUGUGAUAUCCCGUACUGUAUGUGUUGUGCCAAGUGAAUCGGCUGAAAGGGAACUUUCUUUAUCAGUUAACAGCUAGGUCCCUGUUUGGUGAUAUCACAGGGACCUCUUUAGAAGGGACAAAGACUUGAGGUUUUUGAAAAAAAAUAUCAGUACCCUGACUCUGUUUCUCUUCCACAGUCUGAUAUUUGGGAUCAUCACCUGCAUCACGGGUGUUCUGGGCGUGGCUAGUGGAGUGCAGGUGAGUCGACAGCUGAGGAAGAGGACGCCCAGAGCUGACCCAUUGGUUUGCGCAGCUGGUCUGCUCCUCUCUGCACCUUUCCUCUACCUGGCCAUCAUCUUUGCUCAGAACAGCACCAUCGCUACAUACGUGAGUCGAUACAAAACUGAGUAAAAGAACUUACAAAAUGAAAAUAGCACUGAUACACUGAAUUGCAGCACACUUUGAUACUCCAUUAGUACUAUCUAAAUAUUCUCUGUAUACUCUGAUACAAGUGUCUGUGAAAACAGCAUUUUCCAGACUCUCAGAAUGAGACAUUAUUUCCUGCAUUUCCUCAAAGCAGCAGUGUUAGCAAUGAAGGCACGUCAGACUGUCAGGGCUCAGAUAGACAUGUGCCUGUCAAUUAUGUUUACACAGUGAGAUCCACUCAUGUUUAAAGAACAUGGAUCACCCACUUCAUAACACCUCGAUGGACCAAAGGGCCAAUGGUGGUGGAUGGCUCCUCUCACUUAGCUGCAGGACAGAAAAAGAUCAUAUAAUCGUUUGUACCCACAGCCAUCAGACUUUAUAUUUCUUCUGUAAAUAAUAGAUGACUUGAGACAUGAGACAAGAGACUACAGACAAUUAAAUUUCCCUGUGGGAAUCAAGCAAUGCCUCUGCCUCAACAAGUCCACCAACAGCAAAAGCCAGUCAUCUUCCAAAAGAAUACCUCUACACUCAGUGCUGGUGAACAGAACCAGUUGCCAGAGUCUCCAAUGAGAUUACUUUGCCUGACUGAUGGAGAACUCACUGACCUAUCAAAACAUGUGUGCUAAAGAUGCGACAUAACGGCAUCAUGCGCGGAUGAAAACACUUCAAACCUCACCAAGAACAGGUGAAAGACACCCCACCUCCACAAGAAGUAAAAACACAACAGCUCAGAGUAUAAGCUAGCAGGAUAGUCCGCAACUAGGAUGUUGAUGAGCUGUUUGAUUGUAAGACAACAUGAUUCAUAAUGUUAGUCUAUCAGUGGCAUCAAUAGAAGGACCCACCCUGUGUCUUAUAUAAAAGGACAAGCCCAUUAAACAUUCAAGUUCCACAGUAAUAAAUUUAAAACCUGCAGUUAUUUGGGGGUCUUAUGUGUGUGAUCAGGUUGCUUAAGAAAUGUGUAAGAGGAUUUGACCUGUUGGUAGAAUUAGUGUUUGUUAAUAAACAAUGAAAUCCAAACCGGAUCAACCUACAUGGUAGCCCUGUUUGUAAUCUAUUAGGUCUUUAAAACAGUAUUGGUUCAUUUUCAAGGCUCAUUUCAGUCUCAACUGUCAUGAUACAAAGAUUGGUGUCUCAGUUAAAAUGUUGGUGAUAACACUGUUUGCUAAAGUUCUACACAUUUUUUCUCCAACUAACAGAGAGUAAAGGAUGGAAACUGCAGCAUCUGACUGAAAUACAAUGUUUCUUCCUUAGGUGUUCAUUUUCUUUGGAGAGACGUUCCUGUCCAUGAACUGGGCAAUCGUGGCCGACAUCCUGCUGGUGAGGACCUUGUUUCCAUCAUUAUUAACCAUCACAGAGCUACCUGCUGUUCAACUGGUUUACCAACAAGGACAGUCUGUUAGAAGGUUUUAGGGGAGAAAUACUUGAAAUAAAAUCUCAAGAUAUUGCCUUGCUGUUUUUAAAAAUGACAACAAAGAAAAACCUGUAUUUGUGUUUUUGUCUGAUGUAGUUCAAGUUAAUCACACUCUGUUGGUCUGUUAGUACGUGGUUGUUCCAACUCGCCGAUCCACAGCCGAGGCUCUGCAGAUUGUUGUGUCACAUCUACUGGGAGAUGCAGGAAGUCCGUACCUCAUUGGUGUGGUAAGUCAUUUCCAACACAUACAGGAUUACAGUCCGAUUUUGUCAAAUAUCACAUCUUAUAUCUGCAUCCUUGAUCAUGGUAGGGAGUUUGAGAGAUGAUUUCUUCCAUGUGCCUGACACAUGUGCAGAGGAGUAUUUAUGUGCUACUGUUUGAAGUUAAUACAUUCAACAUCAAACUGAAACUGACUCCAGGUAUUCUUAAGAGGUUCUUGCAAGUGGAUUUUACCACCUUUUAUAGAUAGACGGUGUCAAGUCUUGCUUUCAACAAGGAAUCAGCACCGCUCUGUAAUCAUAUGAAAAUUUGAGGUUGCGCAUGAAAAACUGGGAAGAACCAAGACGUAGGGAAGUCAAGUUACAAAUGCCCAAGUUUAGAGUGAGUACUUUAGCUUGGUUUACAUGCAGCAUCAUACAGGUGGAUAAACCUGGUCUCUGUGCAUCACAGGUCUCUGACUCUCUGAGGAAGACUGACUCGUUCCUGUGGGAGUUCAGAUCCCUGCAGCUCUCGCUGCUGCUUUGCUCUUUUGCAGCUGUGCUGGGGGGGGCUUUCUUCCUUGCCACAGCCCUCUUCAUCGAACAAGACCGCAACUGUGCUGAGAACUACGUUCCCUCAGGUGAGACAGACUGUGGGCAUGAACUGUGGGUUAUGGGACAGUGAAUGUCUUAUGAAGCCCUUUAUAUAAUUAAAAAAUUAGGCUCCUCACACUUCAUAAAAACAGCAAGAACAAGUAAAUGUUCUGCUUUGAAAAUAUAGUUGUAGUAAACCAAAAAAACCACACACUUAACAGCAAUUUCUGCUCAGCUAUUCACAGUGACAUGACUUCUUGAGUGAAGCUAGAAGAGUGAAAACGGAUCAAAUUCUUCAGUGUGGUCUUAAUAUUAUUCAUACAAAAUAAUAUUAAUUUAAUUAUGAUGAUGAACCUUGGUUGAUUUUAAUCGGUAUCUUCAGACAGGAUGAAGGAUUUAGGCCGUCGGCUGUUAGGAAUUCAAGAAACACAUUAAAGUUAACAGCAGCUCAGCUCACAUCCCCUAUACUCUUCAUUGGAGUGGGAAAAACACAUGCUGAAAAUAUGCAUCCUGUUGUUUUUUUUCCUCUCAAUACUCUUUAUAUAGUUUUGUCAAAUCCACAAAAUGUGCAUGAAAAACAUCCAUCUCCACCCCUCAUCCCCCCUCUAACCCCAUCAGUGGGAGCUUCACUGUGCUUUAGUUUGCUGCAGUAGUCCUGGGGAGAGAAACAGGCAGGAUUAAAUUUUUUCUGUGUAGUUGUUGUUGUUGCUUUAAUUACGGGGUCCCUUUCAUUUUAAAGAGGACAAGACCCCUGCUGAUAAUUCAUCUCCCCGUUGAAACUGGAUGAAAUGAAUGAUGAAGUCCUGACCUCAUAACUGAGGUAAAGCAGGCCACAGCUUGGCUGACAGCCUCCUUUAACAUCCUGUAUUUCCUGGUAUUUGAAAUUAAACUGCUCUGUUCAGUGUUGAAUCAAAUCUAUUCAGCCUAACUAAAGACCAAAGAAUGGAGAAUGACUUCUUUCUAAGCUUUAACACACUUGAUUAACUGUACAGUUGCACUGAACUAAAGUCUGCUUUCUUCUGUCAUUGUCACCAUUUUCCGAUCAAAUUUUGUCAUGUGAUGGAGAUCAAGAUCCACAUAAAAAUGAUCAGAGCCAUCACUGUUUUCCCUCUCCUUUGCUUUGCUCUACUAUGAUACAUAUUUGACAGGGUGUAUUUAUUUGAUAUGAUUUGGACUCAUUCUCCUCAUGUUUCUGUCCACAGAGGAUGAGCCCAUUGUUGUCCCAAAAAGCGGACGGUCCGCUCGAGUUCCAGUCUCCAGCGUGUUGAUCUGAUGGGGCGUCUGGUCCAGUACUCUCCGGUGGUUAUUUAGGUUCAAGUUUUUAAUGGAUUAUCUGCCAUGCAGAGAGGUUUUAGGAGGCUUUUAAUUUUUACGCUUUGGACCUUAAUUUUUAUAAUUCUAACAAACCCUCGAAACAUGCUGCCACUUUUGGAGAAAUUUUUGUCUCCACAUCUUAUUUUUUCAACAUGACGGAAAUAUUUUAAGUAACAGACUCAAAAAAGGAGCAUUGGAGACGUUCUGUGGAGAAAAGUCAGCUCUGCUCCGUGGGACCUGACUGCUUCUUUCCUGAUUAACAUUUUUUAUGACCUGUGGAAGAAAAAAGGAUCAUCUGGGAUCACCCAGAAAUCCAGAGUGAUGCAGAUCCUCGGUUAAACCAUGACCAAAAUUCAGACCCCAAGUGUUUUUAUAGAGAAGACAAGCUUUAUUAAUCAGUUUUCAUAAGCGUGUGUUUGUAUAUGUUUUAAUUAUAACACUAACCUUCUUACAGUUAAGACAUCCAGAAAACAGGAAACACAGUCAGACCUAUUUAUUUCACAAGAUUGAGCCCUGUUUGAAUAUUUGCUUUCAUUCUAAUGUUCUCCAGUGUUGGAGGGAGUGUUGGGACUCUUGAAUCUGUUGCAGGUCUGUUUCUGUUUUCUCCUUCCGUCAGCUUGGAGCUUCAGCUUAUCGACUGAAGGGUUUCUUUCAGCUGGCUGAGCAAAUGUCAGAAAGGUUAUUUAAGACAGAAAAAACUUUCAAAUGAAUGUCAGUAUCAAAGUUGUUAACCUCAAAUUAUUUUAACUAAUUUUUUGUGGACUAUUAAAGGAGCAUUAACUUGUCA